UUCCGGGGCGGGGCGCCGGAGCCCCUAACUCCCGCCUUGGUAACCUUCAGAGCGGCGUGAGGAUGGCGGAGGCGGAGUCAGGAGGGAGGGAGGAGCAAGCAGCGGCAGCCGACGCGACGACGGCCGCGGAGGGAGCGCGAGCGCGUGACGUCGGGGGCGUGGCUUCUCUGGCGUAGUAGCCGCGGGCGUGAGGUGGGGCCAAGAGGCGAGCCCGGAGCGCCGAGGGAGAAGGAGCCCGCCAGGGGCGAGCGGGGUCGGCCUGCCUCGGGAGUCGCCGCCGCCGCCGCGGUCAUGUUUCCUCUCAAGCCCCCCAAGGCCACCUUCAAGUCCUACCUCUUGCCUCAGGUAAGGCGCGCGCGCCCCCCGAAGUCACUUUGGGUCUGAGGCGCGAGGAAGCCCCUUUCGGAGCUCCGGCUUGAGCUGGAGGGAGCCGCCGCCGCCCUCGCCCUCCUGCUGCUGCUGCUGCUGCUGCUGCUGCGCGCUGGGCUGCCCCGCGAGUCUGGGGCAGGAGCGAGGGCGCCCCGCCACCUCCGUGGGCCCCGUAAUAGAGCAGCGCAGCCCCUGUGUCUUGCAGGGGGGGUCCUAAGCGGAUGACGGACCGUCUGCAAAUCCAAGAAAUAACAGCGAUGAUAAUAGGAAGCCUAGAUUCAUGCAUGCGCGUGUUUCGAUGUCGUCGCUCGCCCUGGGACCUUAGAGUGGAGGAUGGGAAAUAAAUAAUAACAAUAAGUGCAAUUCGCACUGAGCUCAGUGGGACUUGUUUCAGUGGGUAUCAUGAUUUGGUUUGGUUUGGUUUUUUACAGCUGAAGUCACCCGCUCCUGUCUUUGCUUGGUGGGACUUGAGGAAACACUGAGUAAUGCACAAGUUUAAUAAUAAUAAUUAAUAAUAAUAAUAAACUGAUUAUUGCAGAAGUUGCUUAGCUAAACAUCCGCACUCUGAAAUGUAGCAGGUGCUCCAGUGCAGCAGCAUUCUCUGCACGUAUGGAAGCUUCCUUGGCAGCAAGUCAACUCCAUGGGCUGAUUUCUGGGGAAACAUGCGCUGGAGCAGGGCUGUCACCUUGCAGUCCUAAUGCAUUACUUUGCAAUGAGCCCUCUUCCCUCCUUUCCCUUAGUGCAACUUAACUUUUGAGGAAAGUGUGUCUAGGAAACCAGCUUGCAGUCUUGUGGGAUUGACUUUUGCGUUAACAUGUUUAGGAUUGCUUUCUUAUGCCCUGGUAAAGAAUGCUAUCCUACACAUACCUCUUCUUGGAAUAAGCCCCAUUGGGGUUUGAGUCUGUAUAGGCAUGCAUAGAAUGGCAGUGUGUGAGGCAUGCAGUUUGUUUUACUGUUUCCUCAGAAGCAAGCUCCAUUGUGUUCAGUCUGUGUGGGCUUGUUUGUUAAUAGCCUGAAGGAUCAAAGUACAGUGGUACCUCGGUUUACAAACUUAAUCCAUUCCAGAAGUCCGUUCUUAAACUGAAACCAUUCUUAAACCAAGGCACACUUUCCCUGAUGAGGCCUCCCGCCGCCGGUGCCCUUCCACCGUUCGGAUUCCAUUCUGAGACAGAGGUAAAGUUCUCAGACCAAGACACUAUUUGCGGUUUUACAGAGUUCGUAAACCAAAUCGUUCUUAAACUGGACUGUUCUUAAACCGAAGUACCACUGUAUCACAGUCCCACUUUCCCAGAAAGUGGGCUGUGGAGAUUCUAAGAACAAUUGUGCUAAUAAUUUUAAAUACAAUGUUUCUGAAAUAUAUACAGAGCUUGAUGGAAAACUCUUAUUUCAAGCAAUACAGUACUAAAAUUAUGCCAAAUUUGGAAGAAAAAUAGGCUUGUUGGUUCUGUAUCAUCCCCAUGAAAGUGACAGAAUAACACAUUCCUUAAAACUCACAACUAACUUCUUUCUUUUCUGUAAAGCUCCAAUUUUCUCCUGUAGUUAGUGAAAUGGGACAGCAGCCAAAUGGCUCCUUAAACCAAGGUUACAGUCGCCAAAAUGGAAUGUCUAGUUGCAAUUUUUGAGCAGGACGGCUCUAAAGUCUUGUUUUUCAAAUAAUGCACUGGCUGUGCUUGAUUAUCAGUUAAACAUCUGGCUAGUUCAGGUGACAACCUUGAACUAGGUUAAGAACUUUGAGAACUGAAAGAAGAAAAAUCACUUUAUCCAGGGACAGUCCACAUAUAUUCCCACCUCUUUUUCUUAAUGGUGACAAUCCCAUUCACAAUGUAAGAAUAUUCUUCACAACUUUGAGCAGGGCCGUGGGGUGGGGUAAGUGAAGAUAAGCUACAACAAUUGACUAUAAUGUUGUUCACUGCUUUUGCUCAGGCUUUACAGAAAAAGCAUUUUGGUUCAUGAAAUUCAUUCUGAUUGUGCAUGUAAAAUAUAACAGAUAGAAUUCUACAGGAUAUGGUGUGAAAACAGUCAAGAUCCAAUGAUCCCUAGACAUGCACCUCCAGAUGGUAGAGAUGUCAGGUGCCAUCCUGGCACCCAGGCAUCUUCACUUGGUUGCAAGUGGCCGAUAGCCAGGUGCAAAAUGGUGUCUGGCUGAUUUUGAGCACUGACAAGGAGCCAACAGUUUCAGGGUGAAGGUCAGGCAGACUGAAGCUCAGAAUGAACACAGACUUUAAUCUUUGAGAAUUCUUGGAAAAGAAGUGAUGUCCCUGCAGACUGGAGGUGUUGUCCCUAUCUUCAAAAGGGCGUGGGGAGACCCAGUAACUAUUGACUAGUGAGCUUGACAUCAAUUCCCGGAAAGGUUUAUAAACGACUUGAAUGAAGGAAUUGAGGGGAUGUUCAUCAAAUUUUCAGAUGACAUCAAAUUGGGAUGGGGGAGCUAAUGCCACAGAAGACAGAAUCAGGAUUCAGAAUGACCCUAACAGAUUGGAGAGGUGACACUAACAAAAUAAAUUUCAAUAGGAACAAAUGUCAGGUUCAGCUCUUGGGCAGGAAGAACCAGCUGCGCAAAUAUAAGAUGGGAGACACCUGCCUUGUUAGUAGUACAUGUGAAAAGUAUCUAGGGGUCUUGGUGGACUGCAGUGUGAUGCAGCAGCAAAAAAGCUAAUGCUGUUCUAGACUGCAUAAACAGAAUUAUAGUGUCCAGAACAAGGUAAGUAAUAGUACCACUCUACUCUGCCUUGGUCAGACCACACCUGGAAUACUGUGUCCAAUUCCGGGCACCACAAUUUAAGAAGGAUAUUGACAAGCUCAAACAUGUGCAGAGGAGGGUGACCAAGAUAAUCAAGGGUCUGGAAACUAAGCGAUAUGAGGAAAGUUUGAAGGAGCUGGGUGUGUUUAGCCUGGAAAAGAGGAGACUGAGAGGAGAUACAAUAGCCAUCUUCAGAUAUCUCAAGGGCUGUCACAUGGAAGUGGGAACAAGCUUGUUUUCUUCUGCUCUGGAGGGUAGGGCCCAAACCAAUGGCUUAAAGUUGCAAGAAAGGAGAUUCCAACUAAAUCUAUGGGGGCAAAUUCUGUUAGUUAAGAGCUGUUUGACAGUGGAACAGAUUCCCGAGGGAGGUUGUGGACUCUCCUUCCUUGGAAGUUUUUAAGCAGACGUUGGAUGGCCAUCUGUCAUGGAUGCUUUAGCUGAGAUUCCUGUAUUGCAGGGGGUUGGACUGGAUGACCCUUGGGGUACCUUGCAGCUCUACACUUCUAUGAUUCUUUGUCACCUCUUUUUGUGUAUAAUGCCUCUUUGCAUACUUCCCUUUCCCCAUUAUUUGGCAACUAGUUUAAAUAUGUGGCCUUCUUAUAUACUUGGCAAAAUUUGUAUUUCAGUGUUACAACAAGAAAUAGAGUUGUCUGGCUCUCCUCAGACUAUCCCUGCUUUUAAAUGUCCAGUUCAUAACUUGGAGGAAUGGCUAAUAAGUUUAUAAGGAUUACUUUAAUCACCUUUUUAUCAUUAGACAUUCUUUGCUGUUAGCAACUACUUGCUGUUAAUAGCUCAACAGGUACACAAUUUUAUAUCACAGUAUCUUGAAGUUGAAUAAAACCUGCACCUGUUAAGUGCUGAAGGCACAACCUCUAGCAAGACAAAAAAUAUCAACCCUGGAGCUACUUUAAAUUGCCUUCAAAGUACAACAAUUUGAGUAUAACAUUGAUUGUAUCUUGUAUUUCUUGCUUAUUUUUAAAUUUAGCUGUUUGUUAAACGAACUUCAGCCUGGACACUGAGAUCCAGCUCUGAAGUGAGAGGUGAGGAUACAUUGAACCAGGCAGAAGGCUUUUUUGGUAGUUGCUCCCGUCUUCCCACUAGAUGUCAAACAGAUAAACAGCUAUGUGAUUUUUAAAAGACAUCUGAAAGCAGGGAAGUCUGUUCAGGGAAGUCUUUAGUGUGAUGUUGUAUUGUGCUUUUACUAUUUUUUUUGUUGGGAGGGGCUGGGGCAACCCAGUCAGAUUGGCUGCUGAGUAAUAAUAAUAAUAAUAGUAAUAAUAAUAAUAAUAGUAAUAAUAAUAAUAAUAGUAAUAAUAAUAGUAAUAAUAGUAAUUAUUAUUAUUACUAUUUUUCUUAUUUUUUAUUAUAUAAAAAACUAGCCUGAUUUUUUUUCUUUUUAAAAUUCCUGUUUGAAGGAUUAAAGUUAAAAUGCUACUUGAUUCAUGUUACUGAGAGAUCUGAGGUUAAUUUUUUUGGUACAUCUAACUCUGAUACAGCCAAUUUAAACUGUAUUUUAAACAGGAGCUUUUUAGUAAAUGUGAAAUACCCUGCUUUCAAAAAUGAUUUGCCAUUAAACUUAAAAGUUGACUUCCUGAAGCAAAAAGGUGUUGGUUAGUGAAAUUAAAGGGUUGGGAGAAGUUACUAUUUUUUCACUGUGACAUCAGAUAAAUUGGUGAGUAAAGUAAAAACCCUUGGAGUGGGGGUUGCUCAUUUUUAAAUAGGGUGAGUCCUGUUUCAUACAUGCAUGGAUGGACACAACCAGAAAAUGAAUGGAAAAAGAAAAGCUGACACAUAUGUCUGUCAAACCUGCUUACCUACUUUCCCACCCUUAGGAGUGAACAAAAGUCUUCAACAGGGAGGGGAUGUUACCUCCCUUGCUUCCACCGCAUAGAGAGGGCCCUGGCAGUGUGCUUCAUCUGCCUCUGUCACUUGAGUUCUGUUGCAUCAGACAAAAGGCCAAUGUAGUUCAACUUAGUUCAACCAGAUGAUCUGGGAAGCGCCCCCCCCCCAAGAGCAUGAAGGCAAUAGCCCCCUUUUUCUAUUGUUUCCUCGCAAAUGGCAUUCAGUUGCAUACUGCCUCUGAAUUGUAUGGUACACAUAGCAAUGACAUUCCCUGGAACUCACUCUCAUGAUGCCAUCUCUUCUUGGCAGAUGAUAGAUCUUGUGGAAUAUUGUUUCUAAUUUUGCACCAUGUGACAACACCAUGUUGCUGUGGCAGAGCUUCUGAUGAAAACUCUCCCCUGAUAUCACAAAAAAUUGUGAAAUCUGCCAAUUAUCCAUUCCUGGAUCAAGGUUAACCAUCGUAAUUACUUUUUUUUAAAAAAAAAAUCUGUGUCCCACUUCUUGACAUAAAGCUUCUUCUUUUCUCCAUCGUGUUGCUAAUCAAAAUGAUUUGUUUUCCUUUUGGCCAAGCACAAUUGAAAUGCAUUUGCUUAGAUUUUUACUCAGUUUUGGAAUUAAGCUUUUUUAAAAGAUAGAUUUUUUAAAACCCUUGUAAGAACUGUGGAAGAAAAUGCAAAGAAAUAGAACAUGUGACUAAAAACAGCAUGCCAAAAAAUCCCAGUAAAAGUGAGGCUGUUCCAAAGGGCUUACACCCUCUUCUGAUGCCUGAGGAAGUUUUUUCAAAGCUUCAUGGCAUGCUUUAUGCUGCAACAAGGUGUCCAGGAGGGUUUCUCACAGGUGCACAUGCAAAGUUGAUAAGACUUCCCCUAUUAACCCACUUGCAUAGAAGCCAGUUGUUCUGAUACUGCAGAUAGUUGCCAGCCUUGUUGAAAGCAUAAUGUUUAUACAGCAGUGGUCAUGCACUGCAUUUGCUACAGACAGUUAUGUCUGUGCCAUAACAGUCUCAAAUUGAGAGCUAAGGGCGGCUACCUAUGUUUCUUUUAUCUUUCUUUAAUAUCCUCUCUCCUUCUCUUCAUUUGCUGUCUCUCUUGGUCCUUUUCUUUUCUUUUCUUUUCUUUUCUUCUUUCUGCGCGCAUACACACACACACACAUCACGAGAGCGAGCUAUGGGUUAGGUUAGAAUAUGUAUUUCAGACUAGGAUUCUACAAGCAAUUUAGAUUAGUUCAUGUAUAUUACAUCUCUCUUUUAUCACUAUUGUGUUUCAGACUGAAGAGAAGAUAGCACCGGAGCCUAGACUUAAAAAAUUGGAGCCAGUUCUUUUGCCAGGUAAGCAUUCUAUCUGUUGCAGUGUUUUGGGGCCCAUAUGGGUAUAUGCAGGAACAUGUUUGUCAAUCUUUAAGAUGCCUCUUCCUAAUUCUGACAUCUGAUCCAGUUCUACUCGGUGUUAGAAACUGGCAAUACUUUUUAUUUGUUUGCUUCAUUCAUUCAUUCAGCCUUUAUUGGCAUAAUUUAGACAAUAAAAUCAUAAGAGAGAGAAAUCAUGCAUGAAACAUUGGUAAUCCAGACAUACUAAACAUAUAAGAUGUGUAAAAGACUCAGUAGCCACCAUAAAGUAAAAUCAAGUAGUUUUAAAUUUGACUUUAAAAAUCUUGGCUAAAUAUCCUGAAUAAUGUUGAAGAGAGGGCAACCCAAAAUUAUAUGGUAUAUUGCAUCUGGUGUAUUCAUACCACAAGAGCAAAGUCUAUUCUGGAAGGGUAUUUUUUGGAACAUUCCAGACAGUACAAAUGAGGGGGAUGUGUUUGAAUGGGUUAACAAAAAAGCUUUAUGAUACAAAGGGGUAGCUAAAUUAUAAAAGUAGUUGGGUAUCUUUCCAUGACAAGGCUGCAAACCUAAGUAAGCAGAUGUGCAUACAGAGGGCUGAAUAGGAUAGUCUUUGAAAUUCAUGAUCUAACAGCCUCUGCUUAAUGAGAGAGCAAAUAUGUAACUCAUCCAGUAAGAGGAGAGAAUCUAUUGCAAUCCCUAUUUGUUUUAGAAAUUGAUCAAUCAAUCUUUAUUGUGGUCAAAGACCAGACAGCAAAAUUAACAGCAGCAACGUACGCUUCAUCAGCAUCAAGUGGCGGAUUUAAUUAAAAAUUCCCUAUAAACUUAUUUAUGUUAAAAAAUAACAUUCCUUCAACUAAAAUCUGUAUUCCAAAGUUUAAAAUCAGUGUUCAUUCGUCAGCCAUCACUGUCACCACACUGUCUUGUCCUUGUUGCCAUAAAACAGAAUUUUGUGACAGGCCUGGUGAUAUUCAGAUAGUUGUCGGCAAGAAGGUAUUUAAUAUAGGUUUCUUCAGAGCGGCCAGGUAAUUUCCUUAAUAAUGGCAAAAUUAUCUCUCUUCAGGUAUCAUGAUACAAAGGGCAGUAUAGAAGAACAUGCACAAUGGAUUCAAUCGCAUCAGAGUUGCAUUGGCAUAAUCUCUGUUCAGUUGGGAUGCUGUGAUAUCUGCUCUCUAAUAAUGCUGAAGGGAGAACGUUAAAAUGGGCUCUGGAAAAUGCCCAAUGAUGUUUAGGGUUGUCCAGGGCACUUAAGUGGGGACGUGGGUGGCGCUGUGGGUUAAACCACAGAGCCUAGGACUUGCUGAUCAGAAGGUUGGCGGUUCGAAUCCCCGCAACGGGGUGAGCUCCUGUUGCUCGGUCCCUGCUCCUGGCCACCUAGCAGUUCGAAAGCACUUCAAAGUGCAAGUAGAUAAAUAGGUACCGCUCCGGCAGGAAGGUAAAUGGCGUUUCCAUGCGCUGCUCUGGUUUGCCAGAAGCGGCUUAAUCAUGCUGGUUACAUGACCCGGAAGCUGUACGCCGGCUCCCUCUGCCAGUAAAGCGAGAUGAGCGCCGCAACCCCAGAGUCGGUCACGACUGGACCUAAUGGUCAGGGGUCCCUUUACCUUUACCUUUUAGGGCACUUAAGUAAUUUGCUGGGCGUGAUCUUUCUAUGUAAGGAUUUAUAAAUUUUAGAGGAUUGGUUAAGAUCAUUUUGGUAUUCUAUAUCCCAGAUUCGUUCUUUAAUUAUACUGUAUUUUUUGCUCCAUAAGACACACUUUUUUCCUUCUAAAAAGUAAGGGAAAAUGUCUGUGCAUCUUAUGGAGCGAAUGCACUGGGCGGCAGAGGGAUCCCUCGGCUACAGCUGCAGUCACGAGCUAAGGGAUGCCUCCGCAGCCAGAGCCAUGGCUCCUGUCUGUCGCUCGCUGUGAAGCCAGCAGAGCAAGAGCCGCUGCACAGCUUUUGCUCUUGGCUCGGCUGGCUUCUCAGCACAGCGGGAUGAGGGAUGGAAGGGGCUCUGUGUAAGGGCUCCCUUCUGUCCCUCAUCCCGCUUUGCUGGGAAGCCAACAGAGCAAGAGGCACUGCGCAGUUAACGCUCUUGCUCCGUUGGCUUCACAGUAAAGCGGGAGGAGGGACGGAUGGGAGCAAGCAAAGCAAGAACUGCUUACAUGGCUUCUGUCCCGUGUUGCACAGCUGUCACUUUGCUUGCCCAUCCCUCUCCCACCUCACUGUAAAGCAAGCAAAGAACCUGUCCCGGUAUCUCCUCCUCUUUCACGGCGAGGUGGGAGGAGGGAUGGGCAAGCAAAGUGAGAGAUGCGCAAAGUGGGAGAGAAGCAAUGUAAGCAGUUCUCGCUUUGCUUGCUUUAAAGCUUACAUGCUCUGCGCAGAAUUUUUUUUUCCUCUUGCUUUCCCCUUCUAAAAGCUAUGUGCGAAAAAUAAGGUACUUCUAGCCCUUCCUUUUUAAUCUCAACUUAAAAGAUAUUCUGGAGAAAGGCCAUAUAAACUCAGUUUUCUUGUGAUUCUCUUCCACCAUUUUGUUUGAGAAUUAUCAACCAGCAUCAAGGGGAACAGCCCAGUUGGGGUCUUAUUGAAUCUUAGCCAUGUAUGCAAAGUUACUAGCCACUAUUUUUGCACUAUAGGCCCUAACCACUGCAGGCACAUUCUGAUUACAAUCAUUUAAUUUGUGCUGCUGAACACUUAGCUGAGUUUGUUAUCCUUUUAGGAUGGGUCACCCAUUUUAUAUUGUAAUGGAAGACUCCUACGUACUUAAAACAUUUUGCUCUUGUUUGAGUUCUAACUUUUUACUUGUUCGAUUUCUUGAUCAACAAUACACCAUAUUUAAAUGCGCAUCAGCUCUUUGAAAAUACCAGAACCUUAGAUUUUGUAUAAUUGAUCGCUAGAUGGUUUCCUUGACAGUAUUGGUAGAAUACUUUUAAGUACCGUAUUUAAGUACCGUAAGACUCACUUUUUCCCUCCUAAAAAGUAAGGGGAAAUGUGUGUGCGUCUUAUGGAGCGAAUGCAGGCUGCGCAGCUAUCACAGAAGCCAGAACAGUGAUCCCUCUUGCUGUUCUGGCUUCUGAGAUUCAGAAUAUUUUUUUUCUUGUUUUCCUCCUCCAAAAACUAGGUGCGUCUUAUGGUCUUAUAGAGCGAAAAAUACGGUACCUUUAAAGCCCAACUCUGGUGAAAGAGAGAAGGGCAGUGUCAUCUGUGUAUAGAAGUGUAGUAACUGCUUUAGAUCUUAACAUGGGGGGUAGCCUUUGACAGGGAGUAGGUGAUGGCUCAUAUCUUUUAAGAAUAAGUUGAUUAAAUGUGGGACAAGGAUGCAACCUUCUUUAAUACCUUUGGUGUUAAAACCUUUGGUAGAUGCAAAACUAGAAGACUUAUUUUUAAUAAAUAAAUAAAAUGUUAUAAUAAUAAGAUUUGUUUAUUUAUUGUGGCCCUCCAGUUUGGACCACAAGCUUACCAUGGACUGGGGAGCCAAUAUGCUCAAGUUUUUUGCUUAAAGCCUUCCCACCUUCCUUCACAUCCAUCAAGUACAGUGGAACCUCGGGUUGCAAACGUGAUCUGUGUGGGAGGCACGUUCGCAACCUGCAGGUCGCAAUUUGGCACUUCUGCGCAUGCACAAAUUGUGAUUUAGUGUUUCUGCGCGAGCGCUGAAACCUGGAAGUAACCUGUUCCGGUACUUCCGGGUUCGGCGUGGUGCGCAACCCGAAGACACGUAACCUGAAGUGUCUGUAACCCGAGGUACAACUGUACUAACGCCUCUCCUUGCCCCAGGACUACUUUUCUCUUUCUGAAAGGACGUGUCUUGUGCUACAUAAUUGCAAAGCCAUGACGGGCACACUAUAUUCUCCUUUAUUUUGGUGUGUCCCUCACAAGAGAGCAAAAGGUCAGCCCUGCCCCCUGUCACUGCUUUCCCACCUUUGGCAUAACUUUUGGCCAGGUUGCCUCAGCGUCCCUUUCCUCAAAGGCAUGUUGCACAGACACAGAGGUGCCGCCUCCCCGCAUGUGGUUUCCAAGGAACCCCCCUUCCACAUAAGAUAGCUGACAUGCCUGCCCCGCCGCCACUGCUGCCCCCAUCUCUCCCCUUUGCUUCUGACCCUUCUCUGCUCCCUACCUUGGUAUGAAAGGCUGAAGUGCACACCCACCACCAGAAGGAGAGCCAAGUAGACUGAGGAGCUCUGCAUGUUGAACUUGCCCAGGCGCCCCUUUGGCUCCCACUAGAAGGCGGCCGACAUGUGGGCCAGGAGCAAGCUCAGGGAGGGGUGACUUACACCGAGCAGGCAGAGGGACUCCUGUUAGAAACUCCUCCCUCUGCAUCCUCUUCCCACUGAAACUCUCCCCACCUCUUCCCUCCUGCUCACCCCACCUGUGUCACACAGGACACCAAGCCAAGCUGCAAACAGCACUGAGAGAGGCCAAGAUGGCCGCCUUCCUAGCAGCAUCUGUGCAACACUCUCAACUCACUCUCUGCUGCCUAAGCCUUCUCUCUCUCUGUCUCUGUCUCUUUCCACUCCAGGAUUCCUUUCCAGUUCCAGCAGUUCAUUGGUUAAAAACCAGAUACCAGCCCUAAGAGCCCUGCCCACCCCUACACGUGCAUGUGCCUUCCGACCCCACUGUACUUGGAACGGAGGCAUGUGUCCCAUGAGCCAGUACAGGGUGCAUUUGCUUGGAAGUAAGCCCCACACAAGAUAAUGAUGCACAAAAAUAAGCAUAUUGAAUGGGACUGCUUGGGGGGCUCCCUCCCACCCCCAGCAUUAAGAAAGAAAGGAGAGAUGAAGGGUAGAUGGCAAGCCAAGAAGGGCGGAGGGGAUGAGGAGGAGAAAAAUAGAUCAACCUUUUCCCUAAAAAGCAAACUGGGAAGUGGGGUGCAGAUGAAGGCUGCCUACUUGGUCUCUUUCCACCCCCGGCCAUACACAGCCUACAUUUUUAACAGUUGCUAUCAUGUGGAGUAGAUGAAUAUUUAUUUCCCAGAAGGCUCACUGUGAAACUCCACUUUUUCUCCAGUCCUAUAAUUUAAUGUGAGAUUAAGCAAUAACUGAUUGCCACACUUGGGUGCUGAUAAAGCAAGUGAUGAAGCUUGCCUCCAAGCGUGGAUUUUCCUUUUUACUUGGGCUUUAGGGUGAAGAGAGCUCAGCAUCCAGCACUUGAGUAAUGGUCCGUGUUUGUUGCUCAUGUAUUGUGUGGGAAGGGGCCAGAAAUUCAUGGUAGAGCACCUGUAUGCAAAUGGUCCUAGGUUCAAUCUGCAGAAAGGGCUGGAAAUGCAUCCUUUCUGAAACUGUAGAGAGCAGCUGCCUGUCAUUUUGAACAAUACUGAGCUAGAUGGACCAGUAGUCUGCUUCAGUUGAAGGCAGCUUCCUAUGAUGUUGUUCCUAUGUUCUCUGUACAGCACCAGUGACAUGCACUCAGUCCAGGACCGCCACUGAAUUGUCUAAAACUCUGUAUAAAACAUGUAACUAUUAAAUCUGUAAAAGAUAACUGGCAGUGCCCCAUCUGUGGGUAUAGUAAUCUAAAGUAACUAUGGUCUCUUAAUUUGACUAAUUAUGUGCUGAACUUUGGUUUACAGCCCAAUGGGUCUUUCUUUUAUCGGUCAGAAGCACAGAGAGAUGCUGGCUUGUCCUGCACACAGCUCAACUGCAUUCUACCAUAGUCGUUGCACAAAGCUUAGUUUUCCACACUUCAUGAUUUAUUGGUAUUUGAGAUUUCUCCACACUUGGCAACAGACUUGCUGUUUCAACCUACUUGCAGGGUAGGAAUAGUUGCCGGGUCAUGAUCUGCAGAGAACAUAAAUAAAUAUCAUACAGGAGGCGGCACACUGCCCCCCUCCCCCUGGGAGCUGCUCCCAGAUUAUUUAAGCAUACAUUGCAAACAGAUAAAGCAACUCCCUCUGUUAGCUUACAAGCUUAAAAGUGCCUCAGAUCCAAGUUAUCAGAAUUCAGUUUUCCAAUUAAAAUAACAGCAUAACUUUCGGUGUGUGUUUUCACUGAAGCUUUGACCCAUGGAAUAUUUUUGUGAAGCAUUCUAAAACUGCAAGCAACAUGGGAGGCAGUUGCUGAUGUGGGCUGAAGAAUGAGUCAUUAUUGAGGCCAGCUGAUUCUGCAAAGGACAGUCUGACUAAAGAGGAAUUAGAAUGUCACAUCAGAAAAUAGAGAAUUUAAGUGUGGGGGGACUGAAGAUUGAUAUACUGUUAGGAUAUAUAGUGAAUAUUUUGCAUUCUCUGUAUAGUGGGAGUGCGUCCAGAGUACAACAGUGUCUUACUUCCCUGUUAGAGGAGAAAAAAGGAGCUCCACCUCUGUGCGAUAGUUCUCUAUCCUGUUGAAUGCAGCUGCAACAGGGGUAGGGGAACCUCCAGCUUGUGGGCAUGUAACAUUGGCCCUCCUUGAAUCCCAGGUUGGCCUGUUAGGCCCUUCCUUGUUGGAGCAUGGCACGUUCUCUCUCCCCCCCCCCUAUGGGCAAUGCAACUUACCUUGCUCCAGGAUCUUGAAGGAGUGUGCAGUGAAACCAGCUGCAGUGGAGGAGAAAAAUUCAAUUUUAGCAGAGGUUUCACUUCAAACCCCUUUGUGUUCCUAGAGCAAAGCCUCCUUGAAGCUUCGGAAAGCUGUCUGGACAAACGCUGGCUCCCUUGGCCUGAAGCGAAAUGAGCUCUGCAACCCCAUAGUCACCUUUGGUUCAGGGGUCAUUUACCUUUUACCUUUACAGGCAACAAGCAAUUUACUUGUGUCCAAUUGACUUGCAACUCUGCACACAAACAUUGCGGUGACACAGAAGUGGCCAGAAAAGGGUGCAGAACAGUGGCUGUGUGGAGCGGAGCAUGCAGUUACCCAGAACGCAACACCCACACAAAUUGGGGGUUGCCUGUAAUGUCAAGUGCUUGGUGGGUGGGUGAAUUUUUCAAAUUUGGCCCAGAAGGGGUCGGUCAGAUAUAACUGGCCCACCACACCCAAGGAUCAAGUUUCAUUUUUGUCUGUACUAGAAAGAAUGUCAUAGCAAUGAGAAAGGUUUUUAAUGCUUAAGCCCCAUUUUCUCCUCACUUUCCAGACAGCAAAUUAUACAGUGUAAGUUUGGGAUUUCCCUCCAGUUGUAGGAAGUACCGGUAGUUAUGAGACUUAAUUGGUCAUCGUUAGUAGGAGCUUACCCUCCAGUGAGUUGAUAUUGCUGACAGCAUAGAAGUGAAAUAGGCAUAUUGACUGUGACUGUAACAACACAGGUUUCUAUUGAAUUCUGCAGAAAUUUAGGGUAGCAUUUCCAUGGGAAAGCUAUUGCUAAAGUCCUAACAAACUUUGGCCAAAAAGAGGCCUCAGUUAUUUUUCAUGUUUCAUCUUUCACAACCAGUGUACAGAAUGCAUAGUUAACCAGCUAAUUCAGGAUGCAGGCAGGUAGCAUUGUUCCCUGCUAGAUCUUCUAAUUUCGUCCUAGCUACAUUCCAUUACUUAUUCUAUGCUUAGUUCUCUAUCUCUAAAUCAGAAUAUUUGAAGAAUAAACUUCGUUAACUUUCUAUCUAUGAAUGUUCUGAAAUUUGCCCAUUUUAUCAGAACUCUGCAGCUGUCCUUACUAACAUCUUGAAAAGGUGUAAACUCUGCUGCUGACACACUUCAGCAAGUUUAGUUGCACCCUGCUUGCUUGUAUUACUGUUCUGAUCAGAAGUGAGUUAGUCACUGUCCCUAUUUAACAUGCUCUGUUCUCCUGCUCCCAAAGAGCUAAUGUAAUUGGGCAGAACCAACUGAUGUAUGUAGUUUAGUUAAUUGGUUAGAAUGUCUUGAUAGGCAACAUUUUGUAAAUUCAGAUAAUAAAUGUUCAUCUUUUGUUACCCUUUCUUCGCACACUCUACUUCCUUCUGUUGUGUGGGCGGGUUCAACGAAAUGUCCUUUAUUUACUGUUCUCUCACCCCUCUUUUCUUCCCACAUUGUCAAGAUGGUAGUGCUAGAUUCAUAACAACAGUGUGGAUUCCUGUACGUUAAACACUGAACCCCAAAACAUGAAAUUUUAAGCCAAGUUGGAGUUGUACUGCUGUAAGUUUUUGGUAGUGUUUUUGUGGGUUGUAUGUUUUUAAAAAGCACAGAUUUAGAACGUUCUCUCUUUUUAUAUUCCUUUCCCAUCAGUUGCUAGAUGCAUCAUCAAAUACAAAUCACAGUAUUCUAGAAGUAUGUAUACAGUUGAGUUAUGCUAUAUUUCCAACUACCCCAAACCUGGUUUCUGUGAUUAUUAUUAUUUUUUACAUUUAUAAUAAAACACUUGCAUUUAAAGGAGAGUUUAGUUUCGGAAGCAUUGGUAUGGCAUGUGUCUAGUUCUAUAUUAAGCACUAAAAUAAUUUCUUACAUUUGUGGUUCAGUGCAGGAAGUUCAAUGACUGCUUUGGUUGUUCUGAGUUAGGAAUGAUUCAUGUGCUAACAUUCUACCCCUUACGCUUAAAACUUUUAUGCAGGCUCUGUUAGAGGAGGUUGCAUUUAUGCAUAGAUGGGUAAAAUUAUAGGUAAGAGCUAUCAUCUCUAAACUAAGCUUGGACUAGUACAAAUCACUGAAUUAUCUGAGAAUGCCCAUGUUCCUAUUGAUUGUAUACUUGAUAUAACUCAUUUUUAUAGACAUACGGAAAAUAUCCAUAACAAAAGUUUUGACUGAAACUGAACCCAUUUUCAGAUUAUUGUGGUUCUUUUCCUUUGUCUACUAUUAAACCUGUGAACCUCUUUCUUCAGUCAGAUGAGAGGAGUCAUACAUAUUUUAUGCAACUAAUUGUGGUCUGGAUUUGGAACUGAGUGUAAUGCACAAGAGCUUCUUUGUGCAUAUUUAUAGUGGAGAUCCUGACCUUAAAUGACAUGCAGAUGAUGGUUGGUUAAUUUACAAGUGCUUGGAAAGGGGCAUUUGUUCUCAUCUGAGCCAAUGAAUGGUCAAUAGCAGACCAGGUUAGUGUAUGCCAUGCCUUUGGUUGUGCUGGAACAAGCUCUUACUUGGCACAACCAAAUGUAGAUCAGAGCUUUAGGAGACAAGGAGUUAAAGGACAUGCUCAGGGUAACAAAGGUGAUCAUGAAAAUCAAGAACGGUGUGUGUAAUAGCGAGCCUUCUGGGGCUUUGAACUGGUUUUCUGAGUGGACAUUUUAGAAAAUGAUUAUUAAUCUUACUAUUUCAUGAGUUUAUAUCAUGUGUAUAUUUGGCUAAUAAAACAAUCUGUGGCCUUUUAAACUGUGGGGGGGUAUUGUUUUUGUUUGUUACUAUGCUAUGUAUUUUUGGGUUUUAUGUUGUAAAUUGCGCUGUGAUCCUAGGGUGAAGGGUGGUAUAGAAAUUUAAUAAAUAAACAAAAUAAAAUAUCCCACAUUUCUCCCAGGUUGGAAUUCAAGGUGGCUUCCAACAUUUUAAAGUAGUAGUAUCAGAUACAAAGUUUUUAUUUAUUUAAAAAAACUAGUUAAAAACAGUAGUUAAAAUACAUUAAGACCCAUUAGAAAAACAGUUUGGCCUGAUAGCCAAGUGAUCAGCAUCGUCUGCAGCAGGAAGGUCUUAGCUUGCCGGCAGAAGGAUAACAAACUUGGAGCCAAUCUAAUCUCUCUUGGGAGGGAAUCCCAUACUAUGGGAGCCGCUAAGAAAAGGCUGCUGACUUGUUUUGAUCCAUUAGGCAGGUGAGGGGAUGAGGGAAGAGGAAAGGUUGGGGAGUGGGGAGCCUUGUGGGGUAUGGCAUUAUAACUUCAAAGUAGGGGUUUGCUUGAUGUACGUCUUCUGGUUUGUUGUGUGUUGUGGGAAAUGAUUGACUUAUCUGGGGCAGCGAUCAACAUUGCAUAAUAUUAAAAAGUAAUUUUUGUGACCAAUCUGAAAAGCCCUACUCUUUUGCUCAUUCUUAUCACUUCCAUCCUAAUCACUUCUCUCUCUUUCCUGUAAAAUUUAAGUCAUCAUAUCAAGAGAUCCUACUGAACAAUGUAAACUGUUACUCUUUCUGCAAUGUCCAAAUACUUUGGUUUCCAUUCUUAAUUAUAAAAUUGCCUCAUUUUGAGCCUAGCCCCAUGUAAUCUGCCAUUAGCGUCAGCAUCUUAAGCAUUAAUUCACAGGGAAGGAUAUUGAAUAAAAUCUGAACAGGUGGCAACAGUUAAGAUAACAGCAUGCAAUUACUUCUAGAUCUCUUGUGGGACCACUAACACAUUGUAAGAGCUCACGAAAAUUCCCUUAAAGGUUUCUCAAAAAGCACUUCAUGAGUUUACAAAUAGAAUCUCACCAGAAUGCAGUUUUUCUCUUUUGAACUUUAAAAUAGCUACUGAGCAAGCUGAACAGAAGAUUCAUUUAAACAUGGAUUAGAGGAAAUUUACAUAUAAAUGCUUGGUGCAUGCUAAUAAACCCAUCCUGUUUUAAUAUUCCACUCUUCAGUAAGAACUUAUGUGACUGAAAAUGCUGUGAGACCAUAAUCAGGUCAGAAAGCAAAUUUAUUCAAGGUUUUUUUCAGUUUAAUAUACUAGUUUGCUCUCUGGGUAUCUGUUUAUGUACAGUGCAUGUGUAAACCAUUAUAUGGUUGAGAACUACAUCCAUCUAAAUAUGCUAUAAGCUGCUGCUGCUGCAGUACCAUAAGUGCACCAGUUGCUGGGAGAAAUUGUGAGAGUUUUCCCUAGAGAAGUCCUGUGUCCUAGGUAAGACUGAAUGAUUUGCUGGGAUGAUGUGCUGGAAGUUCCUACUUCAAGUCACUUCACUUCAUGGGUGGCCUUAGCAAACCACUAUUUCUGAUCCUCACUACUUUUUUGCCCGCCCUCCCCCAAGCUACAACUGUCUUGUGGCAGUAAUGGUAUACAGGUUGAUAUAUUCUGGAUUGUUUUAUUUGAUGUUUUAAUGUGUUGUUAACCGCUUUGAGAUGGUUUUCUUUAAAAUAUUGAGCAAUAUAGAAAUGAUGAUGAUGAUGAUGAUGAUGAUAAUAAUAAAUAUAAAUGCCACCACAAAAAGAGUGCCUCAACAUUCCGUUGUGGUGACAGCAACCUAGGUUUAAGGUGCCAUUUGGAGAUAAGCUUAGAUAUCUGCGUUUCUGAUAGUGGCAGGAAGGCAUCAUAGGGCCCACCUCCAAUUCAAUACUACAACUUCUUAUUUUUCCACGUGCCUAUAUCCUUUCCCCAGAAUAUAUCCUAGGACAUUUCCCGUGUCAGCUGAGCGCAUGCAUUGGUGCUGGAUUCCUAAAGUGUACUGGAACAAAUGAGCUUUUACAUCAGAAAUAAUCCAAUUGUAGAAAUGUGCAGUAAAAAAAAAAUUCUUAGUCAAAGAUUUUGAAGUUUUACAGCAAACAUAAGCACGUGUUUAAAAGCACAGAUACGGCUAAUAUGACAAGCAAUAUGGUACCCACCCUUCAGCCUAAAAGAAAAUCUUGCCCAGCUUUCAGAAUGACAAGUCAUGUUCAGGAUGCAGCUGUUGAGUUUUGCUCCUACUUGACUUUCUUGGUUGCAUUUCUCUUUGAUACUUACAUGACUUCCUUCCUGUUUUUGUCACAUUAAGUAGACUUAUUACAUUACAAUGCUUUUGGUACCAGUUAAUUUUGCUGGCAAUUUGCUCAACAAAACCUAAACACAGAACCCUAAAACAUCAGAAUACAAUGCAACAUAGACAUGGGGAAAGGGAUCCCCAACAAACAGUUGACGAUCAGGUGUGUUUUUUUAAAGGUGUCCCAUUCAGUCAUUCAUAGUACAGUAUUUACGUGGCUUCAGUGCUCACUAUGUGAAGUAACUUUCAGUGUUAUGUCUCUGCUGUUUAAUAAACAAUAAGCUUUCAUACUAUUUUUCUAUUGUCUGUUAACAUGUUGAGAAGGCAUAGGAUUUAUAUAUCUGUAGUUUACUCUUCAAUUUCAAGCCCAAGAGCACACGACGGGUGCCAGGUUUUUCAUCUGCUUUGCCAUAUUUGCACUACAUCUGGGGACCUUGUUCAGCAAAUUCCUCCCAUCUGUACAAGUUGCUAUGUUCAGUUCAGCAGGUGACUUUAUUCUACUUCAAACGAGAGAGAGAGGUAGUAUAUAUUGAAAAUACCAUAUUGAAAUAAAAACAAACAAACCUUAACUGUGGACAACAUAAAAUAAAUCUUGAUUGAGGUGGAAGCCCAAGUGUUGGGGCUGGUUUCUGGAACCUAAAAUCAUACUCUCUGCUUUUUCUUCUGACCUCUCCCAUCCCUCCCCAUCUUUUUAUAGCAUGCUGUUGCAUAGUGAUAUUUCCUGUUUUAGCAUUUUAUGCUGCCUCACUUCAGAAAAAUACAGUGCUCACUUUCAUACAGUGAACUGAGGAUAAGCUAUGUAUAAGAUUUUGAAAGUUGACAUUAGAGCAAGAUGCCAGCUAGCAAAGUGUUCAUGGGUGUACUUUAAACAGAAUCUUUUAAUGAAAUCAAAUUGUUGCAUGUGUUUUCUGAAAGUAUUUGAAAUGUAACUCAAAUCUGAGAGAAUGUAAUUGGAUGUAAUCCUCUGGCUGGAUUAGUGAGCAUGUCUCUCUGUGAAUGUCUUCACAGUAAUGUGGUGGGUGGGUAGUUUUCUAAUUUCUUGGCACUCGUCUCCUGUUUCUGCUCUUUGGCUGUUCAAGUCACACACAAGUGACUGUCAUUCUGCCCUCAGAACAGCUUAUGCCAUGGAAAAGGAAAGUGAAGGAAACUGCACUGUUGCUCACUUUAAACAUUAUAGAGAGCAGAUACCAGCUUUGCUGCUUACCUUUCCCUAGUGAAGCCAAAUUCCUGAACUGUAUUAUUUGGCAAAUAAAUAAGGUUGGUGGGGUUUUUUGAGUGGUUAUUGCAAGUCAAUUUAUCGCUUGCUGGAUCAUGCAGGUUUGGGAUGGGAGAGUAGGACAACAAGUGACCUAUGUUCUUUCUACCUUUUUGGCCUUGCUGGUUGAAUAGAAGAUCAAACAUCUUCCCCCAGCCUUGCAAAUAAGGAUGGAGGAUGACCAUACUCCCCUGUCCAGUCUCUUAUUGUCAUUUUCUGUUGGGGUGGGGGGCAUAGACACAAAAGCCAUUUUUCUUUAGUCUGGCAGCAAGCAAUGCAGAGUACUUUUCACUGCCACCUCUGCAUACUCUGCUGUGGUCUUGUGGUUGUAUCUGUCAGUAUAUUUCUAAACAAAUCUGAUGAUCUCUUCUUUGAAAUUGAAGUCUGCAGAUCUGGAUUAAUUAACCCAUUAAAAGUGGUGUGACUGUCUAGAGGGAUGGAAUGAUCCAAGGGUUGAAAGGCUUUAUAGAAUGACCUAAGAGGAACAGUGUUGUGAAAGGAAUAGGAACUCUCCUCUUCUUUUUUUAUUAGCUAUUGUAAACAGCCAUUGAAAGAUGAUGUAUAUAUUUAAAUAAAUUUUAUAUCAUGAUGAGGAUGCAGUUUAAAAUAUUUGGAGGGCUCUUGGUGUAUAGAAGAGAAAAAUAGUUUUUAGUAACUGGAGAUGAACAUCUUGAAAUUCAGAUUUUGCAUUGGAUUGAGGUGGGGAACCUGUGGCCUUCCAGGUGUUGCUGGACUCCAUUUCCCAUCAUCCCUGACCAUUGAAUACGUUGACUGGGGCUGAUAGUAGCUGGAGACCAACAUCUGGAAGACCACAGGUUCCCCCAUACCUGUGUAAAGAUACUUGGGUAUCAUGAAGCUUUUUAUUCUCCAGAUUGGGAUUACUUGAUUAAUAGGUUCUAUUUAGUAAUUCUUUAUGACCAAGCAAUACAUGACCCAAGCAAUACGUACAUUGAAGUAAAGCUUAAGCUCCUCACAAAGGAGAUUCAGUAUUUGCUUCACAACUAAUUCCCCCUCCCCCCAAAAAAUUACUUCGUAAAAUCACAGAUUCAUGGGUGUGAAUUUUCUCCUUGCAGGUUGCUGUGAUUAAGACAUUGAGUGAAUCUUCUUUUAAUCUGCUUUCCCCCCCUUUUUAAAGGUGAAAUUGUGGUGAAUGAAGUGAACUUUGUGAGGAAAUGCAUUGCAACAAAUACAAGUCAGUAUGAUUUGUGGGGAAAGCUGGUUUGCAGCAACUUCAAGAUAUCCUUCAUUACAGAUGAUCCUAUGCCACUUCAGGUUGGUUUCUACGCCUAUUGAGUUCCAUAAUACACUUGCCCUUGGCUGACAAGAGGACCCAAGAGACAGACAUCCAUUGUGAAGGUCCUUGUACCCAUGACCUCCUGCUUAGAUUGUCUGCUGUAGCAGGACUCAUCUGUAGCCAGCACACUUGCAAUCCUGAGUCCAUACACGUUCCAGGAGUAGGCCUUUUAAUUUCCCAAACCAUUCCAGGUUCCUUAUCUUGAACCAAGCUUAAUACCUUGGCUCAGAAUUACCUGCAUUUGCUGGGAGGGGUGUGUAGGCAGGGAGAAGCAGCAGAAUAGCCACACAUAGGUCUCCUGGGCUCCUCCUGAUGUUAGCUACCAUAUGUUCUCCUGGAUUCUUCAUUCAGCCCUAAUGUGCCAGAUUUUGAAUGCUUAAUAUUACGUUGCUUACCCUGACCCCAGUGUGUUAAAGUGGAUAGAGUGUUGAAUUUGCAUGGAGACCAAGGUUCAUAUUGGCUUCCAACGGUAAAUCUUGCUAAGUGGUCUUGAACAAGUUGCAAUUGCUUGGCCUAACCUACCCCACAGGGCUUCUGUGAUGGAAAACUGUGAGUAAAAAUAUGAUAAAUGAGUGACCUCAAGGAGUACCCUCACAUCCAUCCUCUUCUUACUGGCCACUGCCAGCUCAUGCCAAAACUGUUGGUGAUGCACUUUCCUUGACUUGGCUGCAGCUGCUUUAAUGGACAGAAAGUUGUGGGUUCCACAACAAACAUGGAAUUGCAGCACAUCUCUGAAUUACUUGGCUGUCAUUUUAAUGGCCUCGGCAGUGUGCAAUACCAGGGAAAGACAAGGCUGAAGCAGAUGGAUCUGCUUCCUAGUACUGGGCACUUCCCUUGGUGGCUUUGCACAUCCAUUGAGAGCUAGGUAGCCCAUUGAUACCCAGAUUCAGGUGGAUAGCCAUGUUGAUCUGUCAUAGCCAUAAUAAAUAACAAGAUUGAAACUCAGGCAUACUUGGCUUCUUUAGAUAGCUCGGCUUAGAAGCUGGAGACCAGGGACCUGGCCUGGCAAUGAGGGGUGGUGUUGGUUGAGAGAUGGGCCACUGCUCGUUCCUGACCUUGAUGAAGAAUGCUUCUGCUCUGAUAAUAAUAAAGAUUAAUGUAUCUAACAUAAGAAGAGCCCUUCUGGUUUACUUAAAAGGCCUCUCUGUAGGCCAGGUUAUAGAAGUCUUACUUACCAGGUGAAGCGGCCUUGGAGGGGAAGAGCCAGAGUGCCAGUGGUCCCAACUCUUACUGUGUACCAUGUGCUCAGCAUCUUAAGAGAGGCACACCCUCUCUGUUUUUUAAAAGAAAAGAUAAAUAAUUGCUAAAGCAUCAGUUCUUUCCCACACUCUUUGAAUUUGAAAAUCCAAUCCAAAUAACUUUAUUGCACUAGCCAUUGGCCAUGACAAAUCUGAAUAAAAAUUAUGAGAGUGCUAUUAAAGAAUUAGAAAUGGUGCAAAACCAAUUUCUCAAUUUGAAAAUCGGUGCAAAACAAAGUGGCUGGAAUGAAAAUAAAUUUGAUGUAACUUGCCAUGCACUUCAGCAACAAUGGUUCCCAUUCAUCAGCUCUUGUGUGCACUGGGGCUUCCUGAUUUUCCUACAUGAGGAGAUAGAUGUCUGGUGUGUACAAAGUGGGGAAUCGCCACAUGUGCAAAGAGCAUUUUCCUAGAAGAGAACAGCAAGCCUGGGCUUUGAUCACAAUUUACAUUGCUUAUUUUGCAAAUGUAGUCUUGUUUUGUUUAUAAACUUAAAAGUAGACACUGGAGUUUGAUAAUGAUGCAGGUCCUGCUGAUUUGCCUACUUGCGUGUUGAAAUUUUAGCGGGGAAUGUUAUUGUCAUACAUCUAGAUUAUUGUUUUAGUUUACAAGAAAAUAGGAAUAGUUUGGAAUGAAAUUCCAAAGGUACACAACAAUAUGAUCAGUGCAUUAUGAAUUAAAGUUCUUUUAGGGCACUCCAAAUAGUAAACAUAUCUAGCAUAAUACAGUGGUACCUCGGGUUACAUACGCUUCAGGUUACAGACUUCGCUAACCCAGAAAUAGUACCUCAAGUUAAGAACUUUGCUUCAGGAUGAGAACAGAAAUUGUGCUCCAGCGGUGCGGCAGCAGCGGGAGGCCCCAUUAGCUAAAGUGGUGCUUCAGGUUAAGAACAGUUUCAGGUUAAGAACGGACCUCCAGAACAAAUUAAGUACUUAACCCGAGGUACCAAAGUACUAUCAGAACAGUUGCACAGUAUAAGUUAAAACUAGUAUUAAAAUAUCAAUAAAAGAAGGAAAGAGACAGCAGAUAUCUUACCAAAUGCUGAAAAUACUUAUAUGGACAUUUAAAAUAUACAAAUAAGAACUAGACCAAAUGAAAUUUAAAAACUGCCAGAUGAUAGUAAUGAGAUACUGCCCCAAAAAAGCACACCACCAUGUUCUUUGGUGCAGGUUAAUUCUGUGUCCAGGGCAGCUGUCUACCAGCUCCACUUGGCAUGACGGCUAAGACCCUACCUACCUGCACCCUGUCUUGCUAGAGUGGUACUUGCUCUGGGGAUACCUUUGAAGGUGACUUGGAAACUACAACUGCUCCAGAAUGCAGCAGCUAGACUGGGGGUGGCUGCCAGGACCAUAUAAUGCUGGUCCUAAAGGCAUGAGCACAAUUCAAAGUGUUAAUGCUGACCUUUAAAGCCCUAAACAGCCCCUGCCCUGUAUACCUGAAGGAGUGUUUCCACCCCCAUCAUUCAGCCUGGACACUGAGGUCCAGCUUUGAGGGCCUUCUGGCCCACUGCAAAAAGUGAAGUUACAGCGAACCAGGCAGAGGGUCUUCUCAGUUGUGGUGUCCACCCUGUGAAACACCCUCCCACCAGAUGCCAAGGAGAUAAACAACUCGAUGACUUUUAGAAGACAUCUGAAGGCAGCCCUUCAGGGAAGUUUUUAAUAUUUGAUGUUUUAUUGUGUUUUUAAUAUUUUGUUGGGAGCUGCUGCUACUACUGAUUGCUGCCCCUCCUUUGGUUUCUCUAAUGUAGUUUGCAGGAGAAUAUUUUUAGCUUAAUGUUACGCUGAGUGGCGAUAAAAUAUUGACCCUCAGCCCUCAAGAUGAUUGCAUCUAACCAAACAAAGCAUACAUCAUACUUCAUCUUCACAAUUAUUAGGCCAAAAUAUAAAGUGAGUUGUGGUAUUUAUCAUGAACUUAUCUCCUGUAUUCCAGAAAUUCCAUUACAGGAACCUUCUCCUGGGAGAACAUGAUGUUGCUCUAACAUGCAUUGAGCAGAUAGUGACAGGUACGUAUUAAGGAGCUGGAUAUGAAAGAUAGAAUUUUUUUGCUUUGGAGGGGGGUACAUUUAUGUUUAGGAAAUUAAAACAGAAUAGUCAGAAUUCCCAGCUUCCAGUUCUGCCAGCGACUAUGGUGGCAGCUCUCUGGGGCUCAAGAGAAGCUUUGAUGGAGUGGAGGGGGAUAACUGAGGUGCUAUGCAUCCCAAAACGCUUCGAGAAAAUUCCAGGGGAUCUGUGGUCCCCAUUUGUGCCUGCUCCCUGCCUCCAUGAGGGACAGGGAGGGUGAGGCGCUGGGUCUUAAGCUUUUCAUCACAGAGUCAGCCUCCAUGUCUGCCAUGGCAAAUGGCAGAUUUCUUUUUCAAUUCGGAUAAUUGGAUAUAAGUUAAAGGCACCCUAUGGAGAAGAUGAGAACAGUAAGCUGCAAACAGUUUGGCUGUUAAGACUGAGGUUUUGUGAAGAAGGUAAUUCCUGCCGUAGAUGAGAGCUGGAAGCGCAGAGGGGUGGAUGUUUAUAUUUUGUAUUAAGGUUUGCAAGCUUUUUGUCGCAUCUAUGCCCUCUUGAUUAAUAGAAUAAAAGUUAACAAGUCUAGUAAACUUCUAGUAAAAGAGAAUAAAUCUGGGAUUUGGUUGGAAAGAAACUGUGUAUGUGAGUUGGUGGAGUAAUGGCAAUGGGGAAGGGACGAUCUGCUUUCUUUUUCUUUACCAAGAGAACACUACCUACUUCACCUAAGAAUGUUGAAAUAUAAAGAAUUUAAAGUAAAUAAGGAUCUCAGGACACUGGAGUUGAGCACAUUUGCUGUGGACAAGGAUUGUUGGAACAUAUUUAAAACCUGUGAGGAAGGAGUGGAUCCAUUUGUGCAUUUGACCAUGAAAGGGGAGAGGUGGGCAUGGAUUUGUUAAAGUUUUCAAGAUAUUGCAGUAUACCCCCCUCCCCACUUGGCUUCAUGGGUCGAUGUCUGUCAUGAUUUUUGUUAGACUGCAUGGUGGGCCAGAUGGUUGUCCUUGAGAACUCAACUUAAUAAUUGAUAACAGACCACAAGCUUUGUGAUAUGAAAAUAUAUCUUACACCAGUGAUGAUUUGGACAGGAAAUGGCUUUGGUUAACAAAGAUCUCAAGGGCACAAUUGAAAUUUGGGAUGUUGGAACUGAGUGUAUUUACUAUAGACAAAGAUUGUUGGAAUAUAAUUAACCCUGCAAAGAAGGAGCAGAUCUUAUUUGCCUAAAAGGUAAUCUGGAAUUCCUAAUGGUAGAGUGCAAGAAUUGUGAUUUGACUGUGAAAGGGGAGAGGUGGGCUUGUACUGGUUAUAAAGUUUUCAAGAUAUUACCAUAGCUGUCAACGUUUCCCUUUUUUUAAGGGAAAUUCCCUUAUUCCGAAUAGGAAUCCUCGCAAGAAAAGGGAAAAGUUGACAGUUAUGGAUAUUACAGUACAUCUCCCUUGGUUCUUUGGGUUGAUGUUUGUGAUGAUGAUUGUUGGAUUGCCAGAUGGUGAGCCAGAUGGUUGUCCUUGAGAACUCAACACAAUAAGUAACAACAGAUUACAAGCUUUGUGAUGUGAAAAUAUACCACACACCAAAGAGGAUUCAGACAGGAAAGGACUUUGGUUGAAUGGACUGUGGAAUUGGAAAGUAAAGGCAAACAACUAGGGAAAGGAUAAUGCCAGGUUUCUAUACAUGCAAGAUGUAAAGGGAUUAGUGACCUCACUUGUUGAUAUUGGAAAUCUAAUUGUUAAAUAAAUAUACAUUUAUUAAAUUUAAAUAAAUAUACAUUAUUUAAAUAAAUAAAUAUAAAUUUAUUUAACUGUAUAUUAUAAAUUUGAUAAAUUGACAGCUGAUGGAUAAUGAAAAAAUAUUAUUUUUAAGAAAUGGAAUGUGAAUUAGAGUAAAUAUGCAAUAUAAUGCAGCAACAGGGAAAGCUAUGGACGCAUCCAGGAAGUAGGGCGGGAAGUCACAAAAAAUUGUAUUUAAUUUUAUGUAAUUUGAUAUUGAUUUGUAAAAAAAUUGGAAAACUAAUACAGAUAAAUUGGCAAAAAAAAAAGAAUAGUCAGAAUGUCCUUUUUGAAUGUCUCUGUGGCCUGUAAAAAUGGUAAAAAUGUAAAAAAGUUGGGUGGCCAUCUGUCAUGGAUGCUUUAGCUGAGAUUCGUGCAUUGCACAAGGUUGGACUAGAUGACCCUUGGGUCCCUUCCAACUUGCAUUUUCUAUGAAAAUAUGUGUGCCAGUUAAUGUGGCAGGCAGCCUGAUUUAGAUCUGUUCCAUGCAGCUUACACCCAUGUAAGUGUGCAUAGGGGAUGCACCACACCUUAGUGUUCUUUCCAGGCGGUAACCAUCGUUCAGCUCAGCAGGACAUGUGUUAUUAGCACAAGUCUCUAAGAGGCUUGCAAAAGGGGCUUGUAUACUGUACUAGGACAUUUUAGAAAUUGCUAUCUCUGGUCAACAGAUUUGCAUGCCUUCUAAAUGAAACUGAACUAAGAAAUAGGAAGCAUUUGUAACCCAAAGCAACAGGGACACCAUGCAAGAGUUACGUGGUUUGGACAGCAUGUAUAGUUGACUCUUGGGCCAGUAGUUCCAAAUUAUGCCAAAUUAUGCCAGUAGUACAGAGGUGGGUUAGAUUCUGACCAGAGGUGCAGUUGUUAGUGUUUAAAUUGAAUGAAGGAAACACAAGGGAAAAUUUUAUUUGUACACCACUUGGAAAACUUUUAUCAAGUUAUUUAUACAUUUUCUAAUUAAAUCGAAAUAAAUGAAUAGUAAGCAGGUCAAUGUGCUCUUCAGAUGGGAGCUGUUGUAUAUCAGUUUGUUUCUGUUAAGCAUUCAUAACAUGGUUAUUUGUUAUAUGCAUAACUGUCUCCUUUUUAUUUUAAAAAAAUCUCUCUCUUGCAGUAAAUGACACAAAGAGGAAACAGAAAGUUCUCGGCCCCAACCAAAAGCUUAAAUUUAACCCAACAGAAUUAAUAAUUUACUGCAAAGACUUUCGUAUCGUCAGAUUUCGUUUUGAUGAAGCAGGACCCGAAAGUGCAAAAAAGGUAUUGCAGCAGGUCUGAUAUUUGUCUUGAGUAUUACCUAGAUGGAGAAUUAGCCAACAAUUUAUGGUUUUUCUUUCAAAAUGAAAACCUGCCAAAUAAUUAAAUACCAUUCUGGUGUAUCUGAAACUGGUUACUUGUGUUUCAUCCAUGGAUUAAUCGUUCCAUUUACCACCAUAAACAUCAGUGAAUAACUUUGAAACUAUAGAGGUAAGAUGAUAGUACAUGCUAGAAUCUUGAAGUUGCUUGAAGUGACAAUGGAAAUGUGUUUUUACUUAGACCUGGCUCUCAUUGAGGUGGUAGAUUUGUGUGUGAACUAUAACACUUGCCUCUGCAGAUGGGGACUUGUAUAAUGGAAUGUACCUUUGUAUUUAAAAAAAUUCCUUCCGCAUAGCACAUCAGGGAGAAGCUAAGCUUGAACCCUUGGAGGGAAUUGGUUUGGGGGAGAUUCAGUCUUGUGAUCCCCCACCUUCAUUCCAACACCAGUGGUGCAGCCCAGACCACAGUGAGAACGAGGUCAUGGGGUCCUAAUCCCUGUCACUCACAUUUAUACACAUCUGGCUUACAAGGUAGGAAUAGUAACUCUUAUCAUAGGCUGAUUCUGAGGAGGAGCUAGCUAGCUCUACUGUAUCCCAUAUAGACAUGAAGCAAGUAAUUAAGUGGUGAAAUCUUGCUUAGCACUUAAGCCCAUUUAAUGUAACGUUAAGGCUUAUGGCUAAAUAAAUUUCCUUGUUUAUCUUAAAUGUAACUUGCAUAUCAUUUUCAUGAAUCCUGCAGUUGCUAAGCCAAGUCACUUAAUAGGAGAUGAAAGAUUUUGGGUAGUGUUUUUAAUGCUGGUGGCAUUUGGAAAAACAUAUACUGGCUUAUUCAGCCAAUAUAUUUGCAAGCCUUUUGCCUGCAUAUACAGUCAUUUUGCUCCAUCUUUCAUGGUGUGUAGCAGCCAGACCAAUAAGUUUAUGUUAUAUCCUGGCUUGUUCCAAAGUUGGUAACUAUUGUUUGUAAGAAAAGAAGAAACCAUGGUUAAUUAAAGACUUAAUGGUUUGAUUGCUGUGCACUGCAAAGGAGUGGUGCACUCGAGCAAAAGACUCUUGUAUCCAUUUCAUAAGCAAACACAAAAAUACAGUCAUCCAAACCAGGCCUCUGUGUUUUUUCUAACCCUUGAAAAAUAUUUUUCAUCACCACCAUAUUAGGUUUUUUUCUGGUUCUUGCAGUUGCAGAAUGUAUUCCUUGCCUGUCUUUGCAGCAACCAGUCUUCUAAUAUCUUUGUUCCUUAAAUGUUUAAUACACAGUAAAAGGGGCUUCUGUUUUUUUGGAACCACAAUUCAGGUAAAUGAACACUUGUUUCCUCUCACUCAGGCUUGGGUCCACCUUCUAAAAUGUCACUCGCACACCUUCUGUGACCUAAGGCCCACCAUCUGUUUUGGUGUCUGUUCCCUAAACUGCUGAGAGCCAAACUAGAUGCAGUAUGAGUUCAUGAUGGGAUUGCCCAGAACCUUCCGCUUUAGUAAAAAAUAGCAGUGUUAUUUAUCUAGGUUUAUUUCCCCAUUUGUCAAAGCAGUUGCAUGGACAUGGUAAUUUAAACGAAAAAAAACAGGUAGGUAAUUUGGGUCAUAGGUUUCCUACAUCUACUUUGACCUCUAGUUUUAGUGCAUUAGUCUUCAGCCAAUAAAACCCACUUCUGGGUCAUCGCCCAAUCUAAAAUGCACCCCAUUUCAAACUACAGUUUGAAAGUGUAGGGAUUGAAGACUCAAAUACUCUAAUGGUUCAUUUUAAACCCCCUGAGACUUCACAGUAGAGGUUUUGUUGAUACUAGAAAUGGAAACCGUUGGCUUUAUGCUGACAGUGGCUGUCCUUUGAGCUGCCAGUAGUCAAAGGUUAGGACAUGAAAAUUUACACGUAGCUCCUGGAAAGUUGAAGUCAGAGUUUUCUCUGGCAGAUGCUUAGCAUUUUGCACUUGUUUUAAAAACUACUGGAUGAAUAUUUAGGCUUGGUUAAAGAAAGAACAAGAAGUCCAUUCAAUGUGGCAUCUGCUGUUAUAUUUACUAUUUUGGUUUUAAAUUUCUCAUAGAGCUAUAUGUAGAGCUAAGGGCUUUACUCAAAAACAAAUUUCAAGUGAAAACUGUAAAUACUUAAUAUCCAGAAACCAAUACAGAGACUGAAUCAGCCUUAAGCAUGCUUUCUUGUGCAGCACACUGGUAUUUUUUGUAUAUGAAAUGCUUAAAAUUUCAUUCCCAUAAGAAGUAACUAGGAGACAUUUGGACUUUGAGAUCUUUGAAGAUCUCAGUAUAUACAUUGCAAUAUAAACAUUGCUUAUAUUGAUAGUAUUAGCAGAAUCUGUACUUGAAAUGCAUGAUUUGGGACUCAAACUUUGUGCAUGUGUGAUUGAGGGAGCAACAUGACCAGCACAUUGAUAGUGAGAUGCAGAAUGCCGAAUCUCCUAACCAUGAUUAGGAGAUCAAGAACAUGCCAAAGGCUGAAAAGCCACUUAUCUGUGCCCAUCCCAUUCUUCAGCUUGCUUUAACCAUAAUGUAGCAUUAUGUUAUUUUAGUGCUAAAUAUGGUAUUGUAUGUAUUCUUUUGUGCCCAAGGCAUGUAAGGCCACUUCCAACUCUGGUUUGGCUACAAAAGCAAUGCUUGUUAGCGUCAGCCAGCAGAGGUGAGAAUUUGCGCUAUAAGAAGGAAGCAAUGAAUGCCCACAGUCUGUUCCUGAUACCUUAAUCACAGUUCAGGGGGCCAGAAAGGUUAAAAUCUGCACCAUCUGAGCCUUACCAUCUUUCUUCAGUUUUUUGGGGGUUUUUUGAAGAAGUUGAGGGGUUGCAUAGGACCAAUGGUGGGAGCCAGUUCAUGCUGCUCUCGUUCUUGGUUGGUAUUGAUCACAGUUUCUCACUUAACAGGCAGAUGUAGAUUUUGGGAACUGGCCGGUGUUUGGGCUGAUCUCUACACUUCUGCUUUCGCCAUAGUAUUUCUCUCUAAGCAUUUGUAGCCUUGCGUUUUAAAAUCACAUUCCUAUUUCCUUCUGAAAAUGGAGGAAGCCCCCUAGGCUUUUCUCUGUUGCAGAAGAAUUCCUGAUAAGUUUUGUAGCUGUUUGCAUGGGACUAAUAAAGUGAUCCAAAAUAUUUAUUGGUAAUUUUCCUUAGCAUUUUUUCUGUUCUGCUUAAACAAAGCUAACCGGCCUGGAAGGAGGUCCCUGUUACAAUCUGUGGGAAGACAGAAGAGGAAUGCUAAUGGUUUUUCUUUUCUACAAAUAAAGCUGACUGUGUUUGCACACUUGGUUCAAGUCUCCAAAAGUACAUCAAAUCUUCCAUUGCUUCCUUCCUGAGUCUCUCCUCUGGAAUGUGACAUGGGGAAGAAUCCCCGGUAGUAGUUGCCAAGGGAGUGUUAUUGUUCCCUGGUCAAAUCAUAAAGGCUGUAUGUAGCAGACUGCAUCUUCUGUAUCUGGUGGCCUUCAUAUCAAAAUGGGUGAGCCUAGUUGCAUACCAUCUGCAUGCUGCAGCUGGGGGGGGGGUUGCAGUCUUGCCUCCUCCCUCUCCAGAACCCCUUUAUUUAAAAGCAAAUUAGAACAUGAAGAUUUAGAAAAUAACUUCUACUAUAUUUGCUUUUUUUUUCUUGUCAUACUGAAAGAAUAGGAGACAAUGUCCCAUAACCUACUGAAUAAUAAAAAAAAUCCAUCUGCAGUGAAUUAGCCCUUCUGUUUUCAGUUUCCCUGACCAUAUGUGUACAUGUUCAUAGUGACUAAUUAGCUUGAGCUAUAAGGUGGUGACUAAAUAGGGGUGGAGGGACAACACAAAACUCCGUGUUGCUUAAGUUUGUUAUUCAGUUGUUUUUGCUGUCAAACUACAGCUGAAAAUUCUCAAGGAAGACAAAUAAGGUGGGUGUGGGAGGAAGUGAAGGGAGGGGAAGGAGAAGAUAAGUGGAAGCAACUAGAAGUCAGCAACUUCAAAGGAAAUGGUGCAUUUUUAAGUUGCAGUCCAAAGCAACAGUUUCUAUUGAAAUUGGGGAGAUGGUUAUCUGUGAUUGGUACUACAGCUAAAAUUUCUGAACCUUGGCAUGGGCUAAUGAUUAAUAUAUCAGAAAACUAGUUUUAAUUUUAUUCCUUGCAUUUUUAAUUUUGGGAGCACCUGUAUCUGCUUGGGUUAUACAGGUUGCUCUAUAGAAAGGAAACAAGGGUUGUUCAGUAGCAAAGUGCAAAUGUUAUCAUACACACUGCCAGGAAGCUGUAGGUUUUUUGGCUGUGGCCGUUUCUCCAGCGGCCCUGCUUUGCCUGACAAAACUGCCUGUCUCGAGCAGGAAACUCUUUUUAAAAAACAAUGUUGCUUGUUAUACAGGGUGCUCUUGAUCUCUUCCCAUUCUCUGAUGUGAGUGCAGUUGAAGAUAAAAACCUUCCUCUGCUAGUUUCUAAGAGGAAGAGCAGAGAAUCAUUACACAGAAGAAUCAGUUGAGUAGGAUGGGAAAGAGUGAUUGGCCGACAUGCAAAAUCUGUAUUUAGUUUUUGUGGGGUGUUCGAUGGCUGUUCUACUUUUCCCAAAAGCACAUUGCCAGUAUAAGACAUUAAAGAUGGCUUGCAUGCAGAAGGUCUCCAAGUAGAGCUGGGAGAGUUUUAAAAGUUUAGACAGUGCUGAGAUAGAUGGACCCAUUGGUCUGAUUUGGUAAUAGGGCUGGGCACCUACCUGGGAGUCAAACCCAUUGAACUCAGUGGGGCUUAUUUCUCAGCAGACAUAUAUACUGUAUAGGAUUGCUUGGAAAGUGGUCUUACCAAGAAGAGUUAUGACUUCUAUAUAUUUGGCUUUGAUCCAAGUGUGUCCACACAUUUUUAAAGGGUUCCCCAACCCUCAGGAAUGACUUCAGGAGGCAGCUGUAGCAAGAAAGGGUAGGGGGUUCUUUGGAUCCAACCCUUGCUUAUUUUUUGUUUAACAAAAAUGCUCCCAAGAAAAGGGCGGGCAGUGGUAGCAAAUAUCAUCUGCCACAUGGCAGUACAGUAAACCUUAAGCGGUGUGGAUCAACAAAAGCUAACCUAUACGUAGAUAUCUUAUAUGUUCAUUGCUACAUGGUGAAGGUAGCUGGAUUUAGGGGGAAGAGGGGCCUUUUUGUAUAUGAAAGCAGACCUCAGCACUGCUUUUGCUGCACUGUGAGCUGAUUUCAAGAGCUUUAGCUUGUGUAUCCUAAAAGUUUAUUCUUUGCCCAGUAAGCACUUGGGUGGGGCAGUGUGUGCAAUGAAAUAGAGAAAUGUUUUCUCAUGGCAGACAGAAAAAUCUUGAACUUUCUCCUUUUCCAUGACAUUCCGAGUAAGUUCAAGGAAUUUGCCAUUUGGCAUUAAGAAACUGCUUUCAUUAAAGCCCUGGACAAUGGCACCACUAUGUGUAGUUUCUGUUUUAGGCAUAAAUAGCAAACAAACCAGGCGUUUUGUAGAAAAAUAAAUCAGGAUUUCCAGGUAGAUAGUAAUUUCUCUUGUCAAAAAAUCCAUGUGGCCAUUGUUUUCAACAAAAUCCUGUGGACUGUUUCUGUUCCUUUGCCCCUUGUUAAAAUGCAAGUAAGGAUUUAUAGGGGAAGAAAAUGUGCAACACGUGUAAUAACAAGGCAGAGGUAUUAGGCCUUGCCUAUAUUUGUCUGUAUGUUGCUUUGGUCAAGGUGAGAAUGAAUGGACUUUGUGCAGAUUAGAACUGUUCCAUGGGAUAAAGUUAGCAAUUUGAUUUUUUUUAAAUCAAUGGAAAUGUUUUUUUUCAGUGCCUGAAAUGGAAACUAUGGGCAACAUUUCUUCUCUUUCAGAAUGAGUGGGAAUAUGUUUAAAGUGGAAUUUUAAAAUAAUAUGGUAAUGCAGCUAAUUCACACAACUGCAAAUCUAUUCAGAGAUGAUCAUAGCAUUGCUGCAGCAUCUACCUAGGUCUCAGUUCUGAGUAGAAAAAUAAACUUAUGCUGGUAUUUUCAAAUGGAGAUUAUAUUCUGGGCUGAAACACAAUAUAAAACAAAUGAACAUGGCACCAGGGUAGCUAAUAUUGUCUACAGGUAAUAUGAAACAUGCAAAACAACCACCACCACCCAUAUUUGCUUGGAAACAAGUCCCAGAGUGGGGGUUAUUCCUAGGUAAGUUCAUUGAAUUGCAGCUUUACUGCUCAUUCACAUCAUGGCAUAGCAUGGCCACUUGGUAUGCUGGUUAUUGCUGAAUAAAACCUAGAGACCUAUCCAUGUUAAUUUCAUAAAUAUACUAAACAGUACAUUUUCCCCAGGUUAUAUACAUUAUAUACGUGUUCUUGAAGUAACACAGUAAAUUUAUAUUUGAAACAUUGUGAAUAUGUAAACUAGUUCCCCAGAUUCCUUAAAAGUUUUUUAUUUUCAAUUUCCUGCAACUUCAAGCCUUUCUGAAACUGUAUAUCAAGUUGCUCAGAGGACCCUCAGGAUAAAGGAGUGAUGCUUCCCUCUGAAAAAUGUCGAGAGCCAAGAAUAAGCCAUGGCUGACUCUAGCUGCCUAGCAAAAAAACAUAGUCAUCUUUCUGUUUAAUGAAAUUGGAAAUUGGAUUUUAGAAAGCACGUUAGUGACAAAAGCUAGGAUUCAGAUAACUGUAUAAGCAUUUUUCUUCACCCAGGGAGGGUUCAGGCUUGUGUCAUGGUUUAUUUUACAACGCCUGGUGUCCACUGGGUAUGGCACAGCCCUUGAGUAUGCCAAAGGAGCUCUUUUGAUUAUGAUCACUGUUAGUGAAAGCCAAAGUAGGUGAUGGCACUUGGAAGUUGGAGGGAUACAGCUCGCCCUUCCUUAGACAAAAUCACAUAGUUUUGCUUUCUCUGGUCCGCCAUUUCCUCAUGCAGUCUAGUCUUUUCUAGUAAAAAGUGGUUGGAAGCAGCUCAAUGCACCCCAGUUCUUUUUGUUUCCCUCUGUUCAGGUGUGCCUUGCAAUAGCUCAUUAUUCCCAGCCAGCAGAUCUUCAGCUCCUCUUUGCAUUUGAAUAUGUGGGCAAGAAAUACCAUAAUCCAGGUAAUGCAGACAUUUUACUUUCCCUCAUAGCCUUUGGAGGGGCUUUUGGAGUGAGAGCAUGGCUGCCAACUUUUAUGGGAGCUUUUUGGUGAACCCAGGGGUUUGUUUUGGAGGGUGUCAUAUAAGCAGUCCUACUUGAGUGGUAGUACAUGUUUACAUGCAUAGAAAAGCUCACUAGAAAUGUAUCUGUGCCUAAGUGUGCUGGGGGGUGAUUGCAGUUCUGAAGCUAGAAGAGAGCCCUUUGCUUGCCAAUAUGCACCAUGAAGGCUGAGCUUUCAUCUCCCCUUGCUGUGUUCUGGGUUUGCCAGAGGAGAAACAAGCUAUGCUCAACGGAGUUUUGGAGUUCAAGGUAGUUUGGCUGGAAAAGAAGAACCAGCUUGUGUCACAUGGGAGUGUUACAAUGGUGCCCUUCCUACCUUUUCUUCCCAGUCUUGGUUCCUUGGCUGCAGUGAGAUAAUAGAUUUGCAACACCAAGCUCUACUAAUAAGGCUAGAGUCACUUCCACGUAGACUUUUUGUAGCAAAGUAAUCUGUAGGGGGAAGUAUUUGAAGGUUGCUCAUUUAAAGAACCUCUCAAGAAUUAAACCGCCGAGGAAAGGAGUGGUAGUUUUCAAUAUGGUAGUUGGUUUAGCCUCAAAAUAUUGGGAAUCUAAUCCUAAAUCCAUUGAAACUUAUGAAAGUUUGCAUUAACAGAAGCAUUCCUUAAAAUGGCAUAACGUGUUGUCACAGAUAGAUUAAACACAUUAAAUUAAUUUGACAUAUGGUAGGGGUAGAUCAGAACUUCUCUUUGUUUCCCCAUUUAGUGCAAGUUCAUGUCUGUCAAAACUUGGCCAGACACACAAUGGAAAAUAAUAGGGUUUGGGGGUGCUCUGGCCCCUACACAGCUGUAUUUUCAAGAUAACUUAACAGUUUUAUAUAAAGCAGCAUUGGAAGUUUGGAGGUCUGUUUGUUUCCUGCAAGAUACUGUACAUCUGUUUAUUUGCAUGGCACAACUUGGAAAGUACUUUUUAAAAAAUCACUUCCUUCUAGCAAAAAAAGUGAAUGGAAUAGAUCCUGGAGGAGGUGGUGGUGGUGGCCAGCUGACUCCAUUGUUUGAGACAUACUCUGACUGGGAUAGAGAGAUCAAGAGAACAGGAGCAUCAGAAUGGCGUGUAUGUUCAGUGAAUGAAGGCUACAUGAUAUCUACCUGGUAAGUUUGCUUUUCUUUUAUAGCCAGGAAACCACACUGGGAUUGAGAGGCAGAGUUGGCCUCAGGGCACAAUUCCAUUCCCUAGCAAUGAGCCUCUUCUCAGUGAUCUUUUGCAACCGGAUUUUGAUGCAGUUUGUGAAAACAACACUGCCAUGGCUGCUGUUAUGAAUUGCAUUGGUACAUAGCAGUCUGUCUGUGAGCCACUGGCUGGUAAAUCUCUGGUGCUUUUGAAAGAGGAAAUAGUUUUUUUCAGAUUGCAAUUGAAAUAAUGCAGUUUAGGUUCCAUUUCUUAGUAAAGAAUAAGCUAGCUCUGCAUUGUCAUUAGAGAUAAUAAUGACCAGAUUAAUCUUAAGAUUUCUAUGGUUGAUUUCUAAACAAAAGUAAAACAUUGACACUUCAACUCUUGGCUUUAACAUUCUAAUCAAUGCUGCAUAUAAAAAGACUUGACUUGUAUGACAUUUCCGAAGUAACUAUUGUGAGUGUAUUUUGUCUUGGCUCCAAGUCUUCCAGAAUACUUUGUUGUGCCAUCAUCUUUGGCGGAUCAAGAUCUGAAGCAGUACUCCUACUCCUUCACUGGAAGACGGAUGCCAGUAAGUGUGAAGCUGACAUUGCUGCUUAAUUGGUAGUGUUGCAUCCCUGCUAGAGUGCAGCCCACUCCGCUACACAACUAUGCAAGGGAUCUGCAACUAUUGAGUUCCAAACCCUUUGGGGUCAGAAAGGAAAGGUUCAAGGAAAGUGUAAGGGCAGCCCCGGUGAAUCAGAUUGAGGACUCACUGGGCAGCCAGACUUGCUGGAAGCCUAGAGCCCAUGACCCUUCCUUGCUAUUGCACCCUAGCAACAUUCAGAAGUACACUGCCUCUGAAUUUGGAGAUUUCAUAUAAUAAUAAUAAUAAUAAUAAUAAUAAUAAUAAUAAUAAUAAUAAUUGUUUAUUUAUUCCGCCCUCCCCAGCCAAGGCCGGGCUCAGAGCGGCUUACAAGCAAUAAUAAAAACAAGAAGAAUGAUUACAACUUAAAAACAAAAAUAAAAUACAACAUUAAAAUAAUGGAACAUUAAAAUAUUAAAAUGUAGCCUCAUUGCAGGAGGAGAAGGAAAAGAAAAAAGAAAGAGAGGGAGGGAGGGAAUCAAAUUGGCUCCAAGCCAAAGGCCAGGCGGAACAACUCUGUCUUACAGGCUCUGCGGAAAGAAAUCAGAUGCUGCAGGGCCCUGGUCUCAUGAGGCAGAGCGUUCCACCAGGCCGCAGCCAGAGUUGAAAAGGCCCUGGCUCUGGUUGAAGCCAAUCUAACUUCCUUAGGGCCUGGGACCACUAUAUAUAUAGCCAUCAUAUCUAACAGCCGUGGAAAGCCAGAGUCAAGGAGGAAUAAAUUUCAACUGUCAUCACCACAUCUUGUGGCAAUGAAUUUCAUAAAUUAUUUCUUGGACUAAGAAAUCUUUCAGUCUGUCUCAAAUCAUCUUCCUAUCAAUUUCAUUGGGUGACCCUGAAUUCUAGUAUUAUGGGAGAUGGAGGGGAAAAUCCCCCUUUCCACCCAAAUGAAUGUAGGGAGGGGAGGUGGCAGAUGAGGAUAUCAUAGCAGUAAAAGAGCUAAUGGAGUGUGAUUGUGCUCAUGUCCUGCUUGCAGGUUAACCAUAGGCAUCUAGCUGAUCACUGAGAACAGAAUGCUGGAUUUGAUGGACUCCUGUUCUUAAGAUAUUGUGCAGGGCAGGAAGGGAAUAGAGUACUGUAGGGUUGUAGGGUGGGUGGUAGUAGCCAUAGGGUAGGAGGGACACCCCUAGAAACUAUUCCAGAUAUUUUAGCCUUGUGAAGGCCACACUUCACAAUGUAUUUCUGGCAUUUGCAAAAAUCAUGCUUUUUGGGUGGCGCUGUGGGUUAAACCACAGAGCCUAGGACUUGCCGAUCAGAAGGUCGGUGGUUCAAAUCCCCGCAACAGGGUGAGCUCCCGUUGCUCAGUCCCUGCUCCUGCCAACCUAGCAGUUCGAAAGCACGUCAAAACGCAAGUAGAUAAAUAGGUACUGCUCCGGCAGGAAGGUAAAUGGCGUUUCCGUGCGCUGCUUUGGUUCGCCCGAAGCGGCUUAGUCAUCCUGGCCACAUGACCCAGAAGCUGCACGCUGGCUCCCUUGGCCAAUAAAGCGAGAUGAGCGCCGCAGCCCCAGAGUUGGCCACAACUGGACCUAAUGGUCAGGGGUCCCUUUACAUUUAGUACCCGGUUGUAUUUUUCCCUGGCUCCUGAAUGCUAUCUUUUAAGAUAUUGUUAAUACCACGCUAAUUUUAUUGUGAACCACCUUUAGGUUUUUUAAAAUGAAAGAUGGUAUAGAAAUGCUUUAAAUUAAAUGCUGAAGAUCAUUUUGCUUUCUGGAACUUCAGCAGCUACAACCAGCAGCCUGUGACCUUUCCUUCCUGAACACAAAGAUAGUGAGCUUCUUAUGGUCGUUUAGAGGUGCUGUAGGCUAGUUGAAUAUAGUCCUUUUCAUGACUUGUACCUUGCCUUGUAUCCACAAUAUAAAGCAUUCACUUUCUUCUAGAUGUGGUGCUGGAAUCACUCCAAUGGAAGCGCACUUGUGAGAAUGGCCAGCAUUAAAGACCAGUUGCAACAGCGAAAAAUAGACCAACGGUAAAGAUGGUAGUAUUGUUUGCUUAGUGGGCAAAAUCAGAUUCCCUUUGACCCUGAGUUUGGAGAUUUUUGGAAAAUCUGUGUGUUCUUAAUGUAGCAUAGAAGCAAGUAGGAAAUAUGUUACGGUGCAAGUGAAGGGUAAGAUGCCUAAUCUUUGUGAGAAGUAUCUGUGGGGCAGAACCGACGUCCUUUCACCUAACAGUAGGACCUUUGGCAAAUGUUGCCUGUGACCCUUAAAAACUCGCCUUUCUGCAGAGAACUUAGUGAUCAAAUUCUGCACCAUGUGCCACAUCUACUAUCUCAUAUUCUGUUGACAGAGGAGAUGAAUAUCCCUGAGUGUUGAGUUAGAUAAGCUAGUUGCUCUAAAGCAUUGUUAACUUAGUCCCACUUGAGGGUCGUGAUCAGAUUCUCUGUUGGUUGUUGAAGGCUAUGUGGAGAUGGGGGUGUGUGUGCUAAUAUGAAGGUAUGUAGUUGUGCUUUCUGGCCCCCAUAGGUAAGGGCAUCAUCGUGCCAGUUGUUCCCUGGUUACAGGGUUCUUUCAUAUCUCAUACCCCCACAAAAUAGGAAAGCAGCAGCUUGCCAUUGCAAAAAACACUUGCAACCAUGCCCAGUCAGCUGGUGAAAAUGCUUGUUAUCAGUUUUUAGGCCAGAGGAUCAGCAGGGGAAGGAAAUACUCUUAGGACACAAACUUUCCCUUCAUGACCAACUUUGCUUCAGUACUUUUUUUUAUGCUAGGAUUUGCAAUGCUGUCACUAGAAGCCAUCCACAAAGAAGUGAUGUUUACAAAUCUGAUUUGGACAAGAGUCUGCCAAAUAUCCAAGAAAUCCAGGCUGCCUUUCUCAAACUCAAGCAAUUGUGUGUCAAUGGUAUGUUCUUGGCUGCUGUUUUCUGUAAAAAGUGUGCAGUUGGGUAUCUCAAGACAGGAAUUCCAACCUUUCAGGGUCUGUGAGCACAUCUAAAAUUUUAAGAAUUGCUUGUAGGUGCAGCCAGAAUAGCUGCCAUGUGGGGGGGGGGUGACUGGUUUCAAAAUGUUCAGAGUGCCUUCUCUAUGUCUCCAUAAAGUUGAAAGUGUAAGGGAAAAGAUGCAGGCAGGAAGAUGCCUGUCAAGUGGAGCUCACCCUCCACCAAGGACCCAGUUGCCCGAAGGUCCUUGGCAUCGACGCAUCCCUCCUUGUCCCCUGCAUUUAACCAAGGAGCUCUGUGGCUCCCAUCAUCGUGAGGAGGUGCGCAUCUUAACACCCAUCCACCCAAAAUGCAUGACCCGAUGUUGGGCUGCAUCCUGAAAAUAAGAGCCAAUGCUCCUAUGGUGAAGGACUUGUGCUGCCGUCCACUUGGAUGAGGAUAUCCAGGAGAAUACAGAGCCUUGCAGGCCCUGCAUUGAGAACACUAGCACUAACUUUUUCAGAAGAAGCAAUGGGUAGGAUGUGUUUCUAAAUACAUCUGGUACAAUGUAUGUGUCUGAAUUCACAUGCCUGUCCCUCACUAACAUGUAUUCAUUCACACACUAUCCAGCUGUUUAGGAUCUCUUACUAGAGUUAAAACAUGUUCGUUAUGAAUAUGUGUUUACCCUUAACACACAAGAAAAGCCCAUAAGCAGUUCUCACACAAACGGAAAAAAGAUUGGUCUAUAACAUGAAAUGAAAGUGACAGAAUAUAUUAAUGCUGCUUCAGACAGCAAUAUUACAAUUUAAGCAGAGUUGAACUUUUACCUAGAUAAGCAAUUCUUAUAAUUCCAAUAUUUCUGUUGUCUCUUCCUAGAGUUUCCUGUCUAUUUCCCAUUUUGUUUAUUCUUCUUGCUUGAUUGAAAGUUAAAAUAAUAUAAUCCUAGUGAGUGAUGACUAAACUGGUUAUCCUUGAUUGUUUCCUGUUAAAGUUAUUUUACUAUUAUCUGUGUGGAAAUCAUUCUUUUACAGGUGCUGGUAACUAGUUUACAUGUGCUGAUCUUUACAUUACGAGUUCAGGAUGUCUCGUCAAUGCCUUCUAGAACAUGUUUGAGAUAGACUGGUACCAAGGUCAAGAAAAGUUCAUAAUGAGGACCCCCCCUUGCAUAUUAAGCUAUGCCUACCUUUAUUCCUGCCAUGAUCUACAAUAAUAAACCACAGAAAAAGUUCAGAUUGUCACACACCUAUUUACACAUUCUCCUUGUUCUUUAGUCGUGUCUGACUCUUCAUGACCCCAUGGACCAGAGCACACUAGGCACUCCUGUCUUCCACUGCCUCCCGCAGUUUGGUCAAACUCAUGCUGGUAGCUUCGAGAACACUGUCCCACCAUCUCGUCCUCUGUCGUCCCCUUCUCCUUGUGCCCUCCAUCUUUCCCAACAUCAGGGUCUUUUCCAGGGAGUCUUCUCUUCUCAUGAGGUGGCCAAAGUAUUGGAGCCUCAGCUUCCUAGGGACCUUUAAUUCUGAAGACCUGGAGAAUACUGUCUGUGCCUAAAAGGCUGUUCAUACAUUUCAGGGGUAGAAUAGGGACUUUAGGCUGGUUAGAAAACCCUAAUUAGCAGGGUGAUAAUUAAUGUCAGAGUUAACAAACCGUGGAUAAAUGGUGGGAGAGAUUGUGCUGUACCUUUGAGGGGAGCUAGCCCAUCCCUGAUGCCUUAACCAUAGUUAAGAGACAUGUGGCGUCUCUCCCUGCUGUACUAGUCCUGUGUCCCAGCUAGCCUAGUAACCUGUUCUCACAGGAGCUACAAGCAGGGCCUGAGCAGAACAGUGCACUGCGCUCCUUUGAUUCUCAGCAACUGGUUUCCGGAAGUAUACUAGUUUGUCCCCAAUGAAUGGUUCCCUUCUAAGGGGUGUAUUUCCCUCUUCAAGAGUGCCGCUCUCCUUGCCUAAGACGCUCAUUCUCCCUGACAGUAGGGAAGGGAGGGAUUAUCGUGAAGUAGGAUGCAACUAUAACAACCCUAACCGGAUGUUUGCCUCCCUUAGCUUUUUUAAGUCUACCACCGUGGCCUCAAUGAACUUGUUCCUGCACAGCCAGGCACUCAUUGCACCUCAGACACACCCACGGUUUCUCUCCGACUGGGAGAGUCCUACAUGUGACACAGUGCAAAACACUAGAAAGCCUCCACACCCUCCUGGCACUCAACCCAUGUAAUUGUUUUUGUCGUUUAAGAUACUAUAUUGAGAGUAUGGCUUUUAUUAGAUCAUAGAAAGAAGGGGCAUUGCAUCCUGGCCUGCUUGCCCUGCCAGGGAAUGCACAUAUCUCCUUAACACACCUUGACAUUUUGUCAUCAUGGGAUUGCAUUGGGAGUGAACAGGAGGUGUUGAUUAAGUGAGGAGUGGCGAAUGGGCAAUUGGCUUGAGUCUGCUGGGAGUUUACUCCUCUAAAGACAGUAAUAUCACUAUACGACUCUCAUCUUUCAAAUAUGGGGAGCAUGAUUUCUUACUUCUUUUCUCUUUUGGUCACAGAACCUUUUGAAGAAACGGAGGAGAAAUGGUUGUCUUCCCUGGAUAAUUCACACUGGCUAGAGUAUGUGAGGUAUGUGCAGAAGCUGCAAUUAAAAAUCUCUGUUGACAGAUUUAUUUGCAUCCUAGAUCAGAGGUCAGCAACCUUAUCCGAGGAUGGGCCGGUCGACGUUCCGUCCGUCGGAGGAGGGUGUGUGCACACGCAUGCUCUUCCGGGUUGGAGGAGCGCCCAUGCGCACACUCUUAUUUCUGGCGCUCCUCUGACCUGGAAGUGGGCCAGAAAUAGCAUAUGCGCACGGGCACUUCUCUGUCCCACACACUAUUUCCAGCGCACCUCCGGGUUGGAGGAGCGCCCGUGCGCAUGCGCACAGGCACCAUCAACCUGGAAGUCGGUCACAGCACCAGUAAGAGCGGGGGGGCAGGGGUCACCAUGGGCCGGUUAGACAAGCCUCGUGGGCCGCUACUGGCCCAUGGGCCUUAGGUUGCUGACCCCUGUCCUGGAUGUACAGAAGAUAAAAUAUUGACAAGCACUGUGUCACUUUGAAGUGAGAGACUCAAUGAGAUUCUCUACAGUUUGUAAAAAAUGUUGUUCUUGGACAUAUAUGAUUCUGGGAAACUAAAUUUCACUAGAGAUUUAAAGUGAGUUUGCCUCUGCAAAUAUCUUGCAGUGCACAGCUUAUUCCAAAAUAAAGCUAAUAGUGGACUUGCUUGAGUAUUGAAUAGUUCUAAAUAAUUUAAAUAAAUUAAUACAGGCUUUUUUUGUCUUGGUCUAGACUUUUCCUGAAGCAUUCCGCAGAGCUUGUAUACAUGUUGGACUGUAAGCAUGUUUCGGUAGUUUUACAUGGUAAGCUGCUCAAGUGUUUUUAAGCAUGUUGAUGCUGCUGCAGACAUUAUACCAGUAUAUUUAGGAAUAAUUGUAGUAGCUGUUAUCCACUACUCAGAGUGUGGACACCAUUAUUAAAUUUAUCCUUUCCACUGUGUUUAUCUCUGAACUCUUUUUUUUAAUUAUUAUUAAAUUUGUAUACUGCCCUUCAUAUAUCUCAUAUAUUUUACAAGAUAAAAAUACAAGAUAAAAAAACACACAAUACAUAAUAAAAAUAUGGACAAAACAAAACCGAUAACCUCCGCCCCCUCCUCUUCGCCAGUUCCCUCCCGGUCCUUGUCUGGUGUGCCCUUGGCCUUGUGGCUUCACGACCUGAGCAGUGCAACAGGCAGCUGUGCAGGCAGACUCCCUUUCCCCUCACAAGGAGGCCUUUUCUGCCAUAUUGUCCGCAAUAGUCUUAAAAAGCUCCCAGAACCCAGUAGCAGGUUAGAAUAGGAGGCUUUGCCUUUAUGAUUUUUGGAGGUGGUAUUAAAAAGGUAACCCUUCUUGAGUUUGAAGAGGUGCUGGUAAUAUAGGCAGCCCAUUACUGACCUCCUCUUCUACAAAAACAAACACUGUGCUGAUUCACAACUAAAUAAACACAGUUCUGAGCAAGCAGGUGUGUUACCAUUUUAUUGUAACCUUCUAGAACUGAUGCUUAUAGCAUUGAUAAUACUUUGUAAGUGGCUUUGAGGUCCGUUCGAAAAGCAUUAUAAAAACAAAGCACAUGACCCUGUGCUAUUUGUAUUGUUGUUAACAUCUUUUCCCCCCGCUCACUUCAUAUUUCUUUUUUUAUAUCACUGUUACAAAUGUCAACUACAGAGGAAGAAGGGCGUGACCUGAGCUGCUGUGUGGCUUCGCUCAUUCAAGUGAUGCUGGAUCCCUAUUUCCGGACGAUUGCUGGUUUCCAGAGCCUGAUUCAGAAGGAGUGGGUCAUGGCAGGGUACCCGUUUCUAGAUAGGUGUAACCACCUGAAGAAAUCUGACAAAGAGGUAAUUGAGGUACUUAAGGCUGUGGUCUAAACCACUGAGCCUUGAGCUUGCCGAUCAAAAGGUCAGCGGUUCGAAUCCCCGCGACGGGGUGAGUUCCCGUUGUUUGGUCCCAUUGCCUGCCAACCUAGCAGUUCAAAAGCACGCCAAAGUGCAAGUAGAUAAAUAGGUACCGCUCUAGCAGGAAGGUAAACGGCAUUUCCGUGCGCUGCUCUGGUUUUGCCAGAAGCGGCUUAGUCAUGCUGGCCACAUGACCCAGAAAAACUGUCUGUGGACAAAUGCCAGCUUCCUCAGCCUGUAAAGCGAGAUGAGUGCCGCAACCCCAGAGUCGUCCGCAACUCAGCUGUCAGGGGUCUUUUACCUUUACCUAUUUUAUACAUUUGAAAUGGAUUUUUCCAAGGAAAUAACAGGAUCUGGGGAAAUCUCUGAGGGCAGGAGGCCAGAAGAGUGAUGGAUUGGGAAAUGCACAGAGAGAUGAGAUGAUGCACUUUUCUUUCAGGGCUGCAAUUAUUUGAGAACUGGUUUUAAAUUUGGGACAUGCUGGAAUGUGUUGAAGGGGAUUAUUUGAAUUGUCAAAAUUUGGACUGUGCCUUCAGGUCAGGAAUACAGUUGAAACCCCAACUACCUUGGGCAGCUCUGGCUGGCAAAAAAGCAAGGGAGAACUGGCCUCCUUUUGGGAUGCAUAGCACCAUGUUAAGAGCGUUGUGCUUAAUGAAACAAAUCCCCCCCCCCCUUUAAAGAUUUUUUAAAAUUUAUUGUCAGUAGUACAGAAACUUCCCUCCAGUGAGUAUGUUUGAAAUGUAUUUAGAAACCCCAUUGAGGGGCCAACAACAUUUUCUCCCAGUUUUAUUCAAGUGAACAUUAUUAUUAUUAUUAUCAUUAUUUAUUGUCUUGGCAUACCACCAUCUGAAUAUCACAGGGCAGUUCACAACAUAAAACUAUAACAGAAAAAGCCCCAUUCUUGUGCUGCCACCCUCCAGACCUCUCGUGAAUGAGGUACACAAAGAAGGGCCUCAGAUGAUGAUCGCAGGGUCUGGGUCAGCUUCUUUGGGAAGAGACUGUCCUUGAGGUAUUGCUCUUCUGAGCUGUUUAAGGCUUUAUAGAUCAAAACCAGCACUUAGAAUUGGGCCCGGAAACUAACUGGCAGCCAGUGCAGUUGGACCAAGAUCGGUGUAAUACGCUGAAACAGUCUUGUUCCAGUUAGCAACCUGGUUGCUGAAUUCUGCACUAGCUGAAGUUUCUGGACCAUCUUUAGAGGCAGCCCCAUAUAUAACACAUUGCAGUAAUCUAACCUAGAGGUAGGGAAUAAAUCAUUUGAAGUCCAUAAUGUGAUAUCGGAUUCAUAAUUUUUGACCUGGCAAUAUUGCAAAUCGUAUGUGUGUGCGUGCAAAAAUCAUGAUGCAGGAAAAACCAUGAAGCCAGCCAAUGCCUCUACAUAGCUCCAUCCUUAUUUCAGACAUCGUGAUAUAUCAGUAUGUUGUGAUCUUUAGCUGGUGAUAUAUCAUGGUGUUGAAAACCAGAUAUCACCCAGCCCUAGUUACCAGAGUAUAGAUGAAGGAAGUUAGGCUAUCCUUGUCUAGAGAUGAGUUGCACCAGGGCCACCAGCCAAAGGGCUGAUGGAAAGCACUCCACACCACUGAGGCCACCUGAACCUCAAGCGACAGCAAAAGAUCCAGAAGGCCCCCAAGCUACAUACUUGUUCCUUCAGAGGCAGUGUAACCCCAUCAAGAGCAGGCAAUCUCUCGGCCAUCCAGUCUAGGAAAUCUCCCACUAACAGUCUCCAAGUCUUAUCUGGAUUGAGCUUCAGUUUUUUGGUUCUCAUCCAGUCCAUUACCAAGGCAAGACAAUGGUCCAGCAUGCACACUGGCAGAUGUAAAAGAGACCUAGAGCCGUGUGUCAUCAGCAUAUUGCUGCCAAUGUACUCUUGAUGACCCCACUCAGCAGUUUCAUGUAGAUGUUAAACAGCAUGAACCCUGAGAAACUCCACAUUGAAGGCUCCACAUUGAAGCCAAAGAGCAUUCCCCUCUGGAAAUGACAUCCAAGUAGGAUUGGGACCACCGCAAAGCGGUGCCACCCACCCCUAUCCUGGACAGCCACUCUAGAAAGAUACUGUGGUUGAUGGUAUCGAAAGCCUUGAACAAGCAUUGCUAAUUUGGGGUUUGAUUUACACAAUCAGAAUCAGAAAUUAUUACCUUCAGGUUGGUACUAUAGGGUUUUAUCCUAGGUGCCCCCUGUCGACACAAGCAAAGAAUUUCAGGGUGUUUUCAUAUUUCUGACUGUCCUGAGUCUUAUGGUUUCUGUGGGACUACAAAUUCCACCCUGUAACUAUUGACAUGCUCAUUGGUGUCUUAUCUUACCAAAAGUUUUCAGCUGUUUCAUGAAAUUUUAAACAAAUCUGUUUCAGAAGUGGCUGUGCACAAUAAUAGAUUGUACAAGCAAGCCUUUGAAGAAUCAAAAGUCCUGAAGUUUACAGACUCGUGUGGGAUUAGAACUAGACUUUUUGUUCUAACGGAAUUGGUAGCUAGGUAUAAGCUUUGUUGCAGCUAAUCUUAGAGCCAUGCAAGACAGAGAAUUACAAAAUAGAGCCUAAAAGCCCAGUGUUGGCUAAAACAGUGGUUUAGCAGAAAUUUAAAAAUGCAGCUAGUUAAAAUCAGCGGAAGAGUGAUUUGGGACCCUAGUACAUUGGUGCUUUGAAAUAAAAUUCUCUCCUCCCAAGCCAUGAGAAAUCUGACAUUACUCCUAGCAUAGGCUUCAACAAGCACUAUUUUCACAAUUUAAAAAAAUAUAUAUUUUCUGUAACCAUGACAGACAGAAUCUUAAUUUAAGGAAAUAUUUAUGUCCUCUAAAAAAAUCUGAAUGAAGAGCUGUCUGCCAGGCAGAAAACUACAUUUCAUGGUUCACUAUAGUUCACACAGCUAAGUUACAGACUACGGGCUCUAGUCAGAGGUACUUGAAUGUAAAGUAGGCAUUUCCAUAUGUGUUACUCCAGUUUGUACACUUGCUUUGUAGUGCAUUAUAUUUUGUAAUAAUAAUCUCAGCAUUGAUUUAAUGGUGACUGCAGUAAAUGUAGGGCUUGAGCAAACUUGCAUAAGUCUUCUGUGUGUAACAUCUUCCUAUCAUUUCCCUCCCACUCCAGUCUCCCUUAUUUUUGAUGUUCCUGGACUGUGUCUGGCAACUGCUUGAGCAAUACCCAUCAGCCUUUGAAUUUUCUGAAGCUUACUUGACAAUAUUGUACGACAGCACGCGGAUCUCGCUGUUUGGUACCUUCCUCUUCAACUCUCCACAUCAGAGAGUGAAGCAAAGCACGGUGGGUGCUAAACAUUGUCUGACCUCAAGUAGAAGCUGCAACACAUGGUUAGGAAGCUGGAAAACCACCUCCAGUAGUCAAGGUGGAAGCCUCUUAACUACAAGGGAUUGUAGCUCACAGCUAUGAGAUGGAAGAGCAGUUGGCACAUUAAGGACCAAAAAAUAGACUCUGCUGAUUUCUUAUUUGUAUAUUGAGUUUUAAUUAACAGUAGUGGUAUUUGUCAUCAACAUUGCUAACGCCACAUGCGAGGAACAAGUUGCACUUUGGUCCUGUGGUAUUCUUGCCCUAGAUUGUUAACCAUCAACUUGAGAGAAACCUUCAGCAAAACCACAUGGGAGAAAGCCAUUAUGAUCAAUAGAUUUCAAUAUAGGUAGAAAGUUUGGGUUUUAUUUUGCCUUUGUUCCUUACCAUUUUUCUAGAAUUCUUCGAGCACAAAUGCAAAAAUACCUUUUUAAAAAGUUAGGAUUCUUAUGGGAUAGGUUGAGACACAGCCACAUUUGUAUACUGGGGAACCGUGGAAAAUAUUUUGUCUGAAUAGUUUUGGGGUCUCCAAUGCAGAGGCCUGCAAGGCACUUCCUCCCUAAUGCUGUGCAUGAUUUCUGUAAUUUUCCUUUUAUUCUCGACACACAACACACACACACACAGUGGGAGGUGGGGUAUGCAGCUAUAGCUGUGCCAUUGGAGCUGGGGGAGGAGAAGCAAGGAACAGGCUUUGUCACCUUGCAAUUCCCCUCGGGAACAGACAGGGAAAGUAGCAUUCCUCAGGGAGAAGGCUUAUUUGACAAUAUGCUGGUCUGGCUCUAGAGGAAGCCAAAAGGGGCUUGUUAGGUUGCCUGCUGUUGAUUACAAGGAGGUCAUUCAGUUGAAGGUAAUAUCAUAAAUUGGAAAGAGCAUAAGAGACUGUUUCAAAGUUGAAGAAUUUCAUUAACCUGCUUCAAGAAGGCUUUAGCAAUUGGAAGAAUUGUGUUUAAAUUCUGGCAAAACUCUUUUAAGGCAUCACCCAGUAACUUGGCUUUCUUCUCUCUCCUCAGAUGUCCAUAGAUGCCACAAUGUUUGGCCUCAUUCCUUUUAAUAAUGUAAUAUAAAUAUAACAAAAUCUCUAAGCAGUUCACAGAAGCUACAAUAAUAAAUUCACAAUGAAAAGAAUCAGUGCAUAUCAAAAUCCAAUAAAUCAUUAAGCAAAGCAUCACAAAAAAAAUCCUUUGUGUUCCAUUACCAUAAAGAGAGGAAUGCAGGAUCUUAUUUUUCUGCAAAUAAAGGGUUUUAUAUUUAUUGGUGAAGUGGGGUUGAGUGUGUAUAUAUGUGAACUUAUCUGAAUUUUCUUUCUUUCAGGAAUUUGCCAUAAGCAAAAACAUCCAGCUAGGUGAUGAGAAGGGCCUCAGAUUUCCUUCUGUUUGGGAUUGGUCUCUUCAACACACUGUGAGGGAUCGUAUGCUAUUCCACAACCCCUUGUACAUUGGGAAGAGUGCACCGUGUGUGCACAAUGGGGCUGUGAAAUACUUCAAGCGAUCAAAGGUAAGAAUGGACCAGUGAGUCAGUCCAGCUACGCCAGUGGUGCUUCAGUUUAGCUGCUGCAAAGAUGGUACCUCAUUGCUGUUGGAACGGGAUCCAUUUUCAGUGCCCUGGGCCAGUGCCCUUCUGCAGCCCAGCAGUGUCCUGCUGGAGAAAAUCAAAGACUGAAACAGGGGCAGCACAUCUAGUCCCAACUCACUGGCCAAUGCAGGAAAUCCAGAAUGAGAGCAUUCCCAGCACUGGGCUGCCCAGUCGCCGUUUGAAAAUCUCCAGUAAGGGAGAUCCCAUCUAUGUAACUGGCUCAAGAAGCUUCUCCCAAUGUUCAACUCAAAUCCUGUCCUGAAACAAGUCCAUUAGAUCUUACCUUGCCCUCUGGGGCAGGUGAGAACAAACAAGUCUUUGUCCUCUCGUAGGAUCUUCAGGUAAUCAAGUGGUGAUACUUUCAUUUAUUUCAUACUACAUUGUUCAUGAGAACUCUGCUUCAACUUUCCAGGUAAAGCAGUUUUCUAGCAGGUGAUUCCCCACCCUUAACAUGGUUAGUGGUUUUGACCUUAACUACCAAGGAAAGCAGUGUAUGCUUGGUUGCCUCCAAUCACCACGUGAUGAUGAUGAAUCACCACAUGAUUCAGAGAUAGUGAAUGAGGGGAUCUGGGGGCUGCCUACCUACUGACAAUGUCUGCUAGGAGAAUGUAGUUAGAGGAGGGAGAAGGAAACUGAUGGGUGGCUUCCCCAAAUCAUUCAGUCCCGAUUGGUGGGAUGUCGUAAUACAUUCAGAAGCCCAUGAGCUGGGCCAGUGGGUAUUUCGUUGCAGUGUUUCAGUCAGUGCUUUUCUUCUGUUUUUAAGGGCAGGUACCGAGUACCCCCAGGGAAAAAGCACUGGUUUCAGUGAUUUUUCAGAGCAGUCUUGCCUCUUAUGCAGUAGUCCACCAGCCAGAGCUCACACAAAAGCCCAUGUUGUAAGUGAAUGAGCUUGCGGGGGGGGGGUGUCUCCCUGCCUCCUCUGCACCCAGCAUAGGAACAAGCAGCCUGCCGGAAAAGGGAGCCCUCGUCUUCCACAUCCAGUAGAGAAGCUACUUUCAGGGCCCUAUUUUCAAGGUUUCUUGGUGUGAGUACUGCAUUUAUUGCAAAGUUAUUUCUCAGAACUGUUUCUCAGGUCAUGGGAUAAUAGAAAAAUAAGGAAGAUAAUUGUAUUGGACCAAUGACGUUUUCAAGUUCACACAUAGCUUCUGCUGACAUAAUAAAAGGGUAGCUAGUUUUUAACUUACAUGUCUGUUUUUUUAAAUAACGGAACCAUUUUUUUAGCAAGCAGACAGAUUAGGCACAGCACUUCAGACACUGACCUGCAUGAAAUUCCAUAUUAGUGUGGUUAUCUUUUAGAACCCUCUACUAGAAAAAAAUAGUGGAAGUGACUAAAAUACUUGCAUAGAUAAUCAGGUUUGCUCUCCAUAUAACCAGGAAUUAUCCACUAUUUCAUCCUACCUAAUGAAGCACUUACUGCUGGUGAAGGAUUGCAUAUGCUCUUGCUAAUGGAAAGUUUCUCAUUUCCACAUGCAACUUUGUCUCAUUACCUUUUUGGCCCCAGAAAGUACUUCAUCAUUAUAUGGCAUCUGUUAUUACAAAUUGUGCUGAUUUUUCCAAAGGAGAUUUGACAAAUUCAUGGAAGAAUAGAAGUAAUAUAGCCCAUCAUUUUGGGCUAUGUUAAUAGUAUCUAGAAGUAAUUAUUCCAGGGAUGGGGGUGGGGUCUACUUAACUGUAACUGGAGCUCCGUGGAGAUCAAGUUGAACCUGAUGGGAAACUGAAGGUAUUUUACUAACUUUUCCCUUCCCAGAAGAACUACAGUUCAACACUCAGGGGCCUCCCGCCCUCCCUGAAGAACGGUAUUAUCAGCGAGCAAGACUUUCUUCCAAGAAGAAAUUCCCUAAUACUAAAACUGAAACCAGACUUUCUUCACCAUACGGAUACCACCACCAAUGGCAUGGAGCAAUAUUUCAGAGAGUGGUUUUCUAAGCCACUCGACCUGCAUGGUGUAAUCCUGCCCCAUCUCUCUGGAACACAAAUCAAACUCUGGAAACUCUGCUACUUCCGCUGGAUCCCUGAGGCCCAGAUCAACAGUGGUGGCUUCAUUACUGCCUUCCAUAAAAUCUCUUUAUUAGCAGAUGAAGUAGAUGUUCUGAACCGGUGUCUGAGGCAACACAGCGGAACCCCACCUUUGCUCACUAACACUUCUGAACUCGAUCAAAGCCGGAUGUACUUUAGAGCAAAUGGGCUCAAUGAUUCCUCCACAACCCCAGACUUCCUUUCUUCCUCUUUCCCAUUUUCUCCUGUAGGGAAUCUCUGCCGACGGAGUAUUUUGGGAACACCACUGAGCAAAUUCUUAAGUGGUGCCAAAAUCUGGUUGUCCACAGAGACACUUGCCAAUGAAGACUGAUGUCUUUAGAGACAUAGAAGGGAGACAAGGAGGAGAGACUGACACAUCAUUUUUUGCAGCACACUGCUAACCACAGCACCAGAAACUGUAAUAGCUUUAUAUACUAAGGUUACUUAUGUUUUGCACAAAGUAUUUAAAAGCAGCUGUGUCAUGCUUUCAGAUCGCACUAUUUUUAUUUUUAUUUGGGUUUUGUUUCAUUUUUCUUCACCAGUCCAAUAACUAAGGCACAUACCAUUUGAGGUUAGUCUCCCCACAAACACACCACAAUCUAAGGUCUGAUUGUGUUUUGUUUGUGUCCCAAAGCUACUAUUCCCUGCUGCUGAUUUGUAGCACAUCUCUUGUCAGCUUGGAUGAAUUAACAGAUGAAGACAGACAUUAGAGUCAAAAAAGUUGCUGCAUCAAAUUUGAUCGCUACAAUUGGUACAGAUAUAAGAGCCAUUAAUUUUAUCAGUCACGUUUCAAAUUCAUGGCAUGAUUCAGCUGAGGGUAGGGACUUUUAAAUCCUGUUUAUUUCAAUGGUACUUUAUAAAAGCACCUUUCCCGUUGAAAUAAAUUAAAGUGUUCAUCUUGAUCAGGUUGGCUAUGGGAAUGGUGGAGAGAUCUAGUUUAGUCCAUGAGCAUUUUUCCUCUUUUCAUUUAGUAUCUGAAACUGCCUUUUAGUUUCCAAAAUCUGCCUAUAGGACAAUGUGUGCUGACCUCACUGCCCCAGUCCCUCAACUGGGGUUUGCUUUAACUUAUGGUUAAGGCAUACACUGGCAGCCGUGUUAGCUUGGCCUAAAGGAUUCCCCUAGGAUCAGCAGCUGUGGUUUCAAAGUAGGUGUCACUUCCAUCCGCUAGGUUGAAAGGAGUCCUUGGUAGCGCUAAUCAUAGUUAAAGGGGAGAGGAGAAUUAGCUGCCAAUCUCAUUACCAUAGUUUGGUGUCAUUACAGCUGAACAAACCUCAGAAUAAUGUCAGUCAAUUAUAGCCUUAAAAGUGCCUUUUCUUGCUUUUUAAGUAAGAUUUCUCUCUCUCCAUCAUGGAAUUCAAUUACUCUAAUGUGGUAAGCUAAUAGGCUACACAUUAGUAGUAUCCAUUUCCAGAAUCUCAUUCAUACCACAAUUUAUGGACGUUUCCAAAAGCAUCUUAUCCUUUGACCUUGUGAUCAGGAAUAGAAAACUUAAUCAGAGUACCUCUGAAGUAUAUAUUUAACUCAAUGGGUACAGAAUAUUAGGUGGAAGAUCUUAGGCCCAAAUUAAGAUUGCUGUAAAAUGUCUUUUAAAGAAAAUGCCUGUAUUGUAUUUAAAUUUUUAUGUUAAGGUCAAGUUUGGUGCUCAGUGGAUGCUGAUUUUUUUUAAUGGCCAAAACAAAAUGGCAUGCGGAAUGUGUGGGAUAGUGGUGUAUGAAAGAAUUAACUAGAAAACCUUGAUAUAGUAAGAGUUUUUUGGGCUUUAUUCCCAUGCCAGUAACAUCCCAGGUUACUUACCGAGUACCAUACUGUUGCUUCAUUUCACACGUGGUCAUGAAGGUGGACUAAGAUUCACAUUCAAAAGUGGUCAGCUAGUUUAUGCAGUGUCUUCAGUGGCAUGUGCCAACAUCCAGAAGUGCAAAAUCAGCUCUUCAUCAUCAUGUAGAGCAUCAUGCCCCCUUUCCCCAGCUACCCCUUCCAGGUCUCUUAGCUUUUGCACAUUCUGCCCCUGAUCCAAAGCAUGCAUGUAAAAGCCAAGUGAAAAACUGCCCUUCUGAUGCUCAAUUGUCUGGCAGGGUUUAGGGUUUGUUUAAAGCCAGGCUGCCUCACUCGCUGCAGAUCAGAAGGCUUCUAUGUUUACAGGAGCUGUGUGUGUGUGAGAGAGAGAGAGAGCAAAAGACUUGGAUCAGACUGGGAUGUUGGGCAUGCAGUGCCAUCUUAAGCAUGCCCAGCCCAUUGAGCACCUAUAGUCUCCAGUUGCAUUGGGUGUCUGUAAAAUACUGUAAACACACACCCCUUUGCACACUUGACCAAGCUUCCACUAAGUGAAAGUCAGGUAGACUAGUUUCACUGGAAAACAGGCAAGGGCUGAUCAGUAUUGGCUACCUGUCCAAGGCGCUUCUCUUCAAAAGUUUAGUGUCUUGUUAGAAUGGACAAAGCUUUGUUCCCCUAGUGUUAAAUUUCAUCCCAUGUCCAGUUUGUAUACCAGUCUCUUUGUACCAGAUCAUAGACUUUAUUAAGGUGACUUUAUAUUGAUUUUUACUUAAUGCCUAAUAGUCUUAAUUACAUUUCAGAUGUACCAAAUUUUGCUAAUUAACUGAAAGUUGGAUGAAUACUUUGCAAGAAUUACUGAGUAAGGUGUUUUAACGUUUGAGACAUGUGUCCCUUCCUUACAGGAGUUUUUUUAAAGUGCAUUUUUGUAGCCUGUGCCCUUUUUAUCCUUUUGAUGUUACUGAACUUUGCCUUUAAGAAUUGCUGCCUAUAAACUGUUCAUACCCAAUGGACUAGAACAAAUGGCUUUAAGACUAGAGAGUAAGCUAAGCCAGGUUUAUACGGUUAACUCCAGGCCAACAGUGCCUGGAUCGCUGCCCAGGUUUGUACUACUGUAAAUGAAAGAGACUGGGAAAGAAGCCUGUUUAGCAGGAGCCUGAACUUUGGAGUACCAGGCCUGUGAUAUUUUUAAUUGGGCAAAAUGCUGUGAGUCCUACAAUCAGAAAUCAAGGAAGUAAUGGAGUGGGGCCGGUGAGCAGUGCUUUCUGAUCUAGCCUUGCACAGUCUUGUAAUCACAUAGUUACGGUGGAGUUGUUGCCCCUCUCCCUCCUGCCCCAUCAUAUGACGACGUAUAGAGAAGUCUCUGUGGUUUGACUAAAGUGGGCUGGGAGUGGCUACCCACGUUUCUUGAUGCAGCGGUACCACAGGGCAGGGUGGAAGACAGGUGACUUGCCUUCUGGGUAGCGAGCAGACAUUUAAACCUUCACAAAACCCCGAGGUAAAUUGCAGCAAGUCCUUGAUUGAGGAAAUCCAGGCUCCAUUGCUUACCUAAAGGGCUAUGAACUGUCAGGCUUCAGCCAGCCCCCUCUGCUAUAUGCAAUGCCUUCACUCAGUUCAAAGGGGGCUUGUAGGUGGGCACACUCCAAAGGGAUUGUACUUUCUAAAACCAGGUACCUUUUUAGGAAUUUUUUGUAAGUGUAGAAAAGAAUAGAUGCUUAUUUUUGUAUUUUUUUUCACCCUAGCAACAAGCAAAAUGCAGCUGCAAUUAUUAAAGGAUAUUUUUUGUUUAAAAAAGCAGGGGGGUUGGUGUAUGGAGUUCUAAAUGGAUUAUGGUCCACGUAGAAAUCAAUGCCUUUUAGUUACUGCAGAGUGGAAGUUGACUGUUACGUAACUUAUCAUGGAAGUGCAAUUAUAUUUAACCCCUUGUGCAGGUCGUGAACCAAAGAGACACCACUGAAAAGUGUGCGUUUCACAUUGGCAGAAGGAAUCCUGUUUCUAGAGUGGUUGUUUUUGUAGAUUCUCUUUCAGUUUAGCUGUUAAAUCUCCAAAGAAAAGGUAUACAUUAAAACCAAACCUGUUGUAAAAUUUUAUUUAAAGGCUGAAGUUGUUAAUCAGAAAAUUGACUGCAGCAGUCAGGACUCCCUGCAGCUCAGAGGGUGGAAGAGCCCCUCCCCCCUUUUGAAACGGAAUCUAAAGCCUUGAUGCGGAAAACAAUGCCUUACUUGAGUAAAGCAAAGCUGACAGGAACACAUACAAAAAACCCCCAACCUGUCAAUGUUGUGAAUAUGAAGUAAAUCAAGACAUAAUUAAAAACGAACAAACCUUCCAGUGUAGUCUUUGUUGGUGUGGAACUUGACUUUUUAAGAAUGGUGUGCAUUAAUUUACGUAGUACAGUUACCAUCCAUAUGUACCUGAGUAAUGGGACAUAUCUAUGUGAGAACAAGGUUUAAAUAUGUUCAGUGCAUUUGAAGAACAUUUAAGAGGAUACUCCUGUGGCCUUUUUGCAACAAAUUUGUGAAGUGUCACUUUGGCUUAAACAUUCCCUACGUCCACCAGCAUAAAGUCCAGUAGUGUUUUUCCGGGAGGGGGGGGUAUUGGCAGCCAAGCCUUCGUAAAUUGGCAGUGACCCAUUUACAGUGGGGCAGAGCUGAGAGCUCUGCUCCUGUCACUUGCUUGUCUUUGCAAGAACAGGAAAAAAGACACAGUGCCAGCAGAGAGAAGGAACAAACUUUCUUACAAAGUUUUUAAAAGUAGGAAAAAACUUGAGGACUGUUUUCAGUCACAUGCUUGAGUAUGGAGGGAAAACACUUGAAGUAGGGAUUUAGCUGUUUCAGGUUUCUGCACUUCAGAAUUCCCUUGCUGUAGUCUAGAACGUAACCCUAGUUCACCAAUUCUGCAGAUGACCAAACUGGGAGGGGUAGCUAGUGCCGAAGAAGACAGAAUCAGAAUUAAAAAUUACUGCAGCCUUAAAUAUUUGAGUAAGAUUGGAGAACAGAGACCAUACUAACAAAAUUAAUUUCAAUUGGGACAAAUGCCAGCUUCUGCAUUUAGGCAGGAAUAAUCAGCUGCAAAAAUAUAAGAUGGGAGACACCUGGCUUGCCAGUAGUACCUGUGAAAAGAAUCUAGGGGUCUUAUUGGACCACAAGGUAAACAUGAGCUAACAGUGUGAUGCAGCAGCAAAAAAAGCUAAUGCUAUUCUAGGCUGCAUCAACAGAAUUAUAGUGUCCAGAUCAAGGCACUCUAUUCUGCCUUGCUCAGACCACAUCUGCAGUCCUGUGUUCAAUUCUGGGCACCACAAUUUAAGAAGGAUGUUGAAAAGCUGGAACAUGUGCAGAGGAGGGAGACCAAGAUGAUCAGGGGUCUGGAAACUAAGCCUUAUGAGAAACGCUUGAAGGAGCUGGGUAUGUUUAGCCUGGGAAAGAGGAGACAGCAGAUAUAUAACCAUCUUCAAGUAUCUAAAGGGCUGCCACAUGGAAGAGGGAGCAAGCUUGUUUUCUCCUCUUCUGGAGUGUAGGACUCGAACCAGACAUCAGGAAGAACACUCUGGUGGUAAGAGCUGUUUGACAGUGGAAUGGACUCCCUCUGGAGGUUGUGGGCAUUCCUGCCGUGGAGGUUUUUAAGCAGGUUGGAUGGCUAUCUGGGAUGCUUUAGCCAAGAUUCCUGCAUUGCAGGUGGUUUGACUAGAUGGCCCUUGGGUCCCUUCCAACACUACAAUUCUAUGAUUCUAGUUUAAAAUACACAAAAGCUACAUGUGUUAAAACACUGCAAUGACAAAACCCUUAAAAGCAUCUCUGCUAAACAAGAGGACAUUUUUUGUUUUUUAAAUAAGGUUUGCAGUAGUUUAACAGUUUUUGUUUAAGAUGGGAUACUGUUCUUUAACAAAACUCUAAACAAGCAAAAGGUAGCAUCCCCUCUAAGUCAUUCUCAGAUCCCUGCAAUUGAGAACAUUCAGCAGGGUGGCCCAACCUGUGGGCCACAUGUAGCCCACAAUGCCUUUUUGGUGGCCCUUGGAAUUCAUCCAGAAGAGCAGCAGCUGUGAGGCAUGAGCGAGAGUCCUGUCUUUUCAAAUAACUAGAUGCCUCUGCCGCAGCCCCCAGCCCUGGAGAGCCAGGCGAUGGAGCAGCGCUUGCUGUUGCAUAGGUGUACUAGAGACUGAAUUGUUAUGGCCUGUGAAGGACAACAUUUCCCCUCUUCCUCCUUUCCGGCACAGCGCUGUACAGCAACCAAAGUUCCAUGUUUAUGACUUGUACCAUGGGUUACUUUGUUUGUCGCAGCAUGGUGGGUGGCUUCUUGGUGGCUUUCAUCCUUGAACCAAGAGCAGCUCAGGUAAGUG